UUUGUUCAUCUAGAAGAAGAACAGCAGAUUUGUCUAAUGUGCUGUCUGAAUGAUAGAAAAUGAGUUCCAUUAUGUUUUCUACUGUCCUUUUUUUUUUUUUUUGUACCGGGAACCACUUUCACAAAAACAUCAUUCCAUACCCCCACUUUUUCCUGAGGUAGUCAUUGAUGAACUGAGUUUCCCAUACAUGAAAAACCUUCUGGUCAUUGAACAGUCAUCUGACGAACCCACCAGGCCAGAGAAGAGUAAACGAUUCAAUUACAGUAAAGUUAAGUUUGUGUUUCAGUUACUCGCUGCUGGCUGUGAUAACAGAUUAGAGAAUAACAGACCAGAGGUAUGAAACAGAUAUUAAACUAGUUAGUAAUGUAGAAUUUUCUUUUGUAACUUCGUCGUGUUAUGCGAUGUGUCAGCUCAGCUAACAUCAUUGAACAUAAAUUAAAUAUCCUAAAUGUAAGUCAGGUGGCAAAUUUGGUUUUUAGUCACUUCUGUUGUCGUUUUUAAAUAGUCAUAGACAAAGGUGAGCUUUCAUAUUCAAGAUGUGUAACGGCAAUGUGUUUCCUGCCUCAUGGUAAAGUCUUAACGACCAAAUUAAUGUUUAUUAGCAUGUUAAUCGCUAAUCGUGAGUUAAGCUAAUCGCUAAUUAGCCACCAUGCUAGGCGGACUUUAGCAAGAAUAUGUACAAGUUACCUCUGUGUCCAGAAUGUGAACUCACAUAACGUUAAGCUCUUUUAAGCUGAAUGUCAAAGGAACAUGUUGCUUUAGACGUCAUAGUUUUACUCCUCAUGUCAGGGAGUUAUGUGUGUUUUACAUUUAAUAUAAGUUAGAAUGAGCUAUAGUUUGUAUUGUGUAUUAAAGCUAGACCACAGUAAUAUUACUAUUUAUUAUUGAGCUUAAAAAGGGUUCAGAUGGUUGUAGCUGUGGUCUGUGAGAGCUAGUUGCUCAUUCUCUGCAAUCACUAACCUCAGAUCACCUGCUGAUGUGAUUUUCUCCUGUUAGCUUUGAGGAAGACUGCAGAUGAAGAGGAACAGCUUCUUCCCUGUGGCUGAUGGAGAGGAACUGACGCCUGCUGAUACAAAACCUCCUGGACAACUUUUGGACACAGAGAAGAUGGAAGACAAGGAGAUGUCAUCAUGGGAUUAAACCAAUUAAUGAGGGUGCCGACCAACAUGUCAACACAGGCGCCGACAUUCACGCAGCCGCUGCAGAGCGUCGUGGCACUUGAGGGUAGUGCCGCGACGUUCGAGGCUCAAGUUAGUGGUUCUCCAGUUCCUGAGGUGAGCUGGUUCCGUGAUGGCCAGGUUCUUUCCACCACCGCUUUGCCCGGUGUUCAGAUCUCGUUCAGCGAUGGCCGCGCUGUUCUGAGGAUCCCCGCUGUGACCGCCGCACACAGCGGAAGAUUUUCCGUCAGAGCCACCAAUGGUGCUGGACAAGCCACAAGCACUGCUGAACUCCUUGUUACAGCUGAGACGGCGCCUCCAAACUUCCUUCAGAGACUGCAGAGCUCGACAGUGAGGCAAGGCAGCCAGGUGAGGCUGGACGUCCGCGUGACAGGAAUCCCGACACCUGUGCUGAAGUUCUACAGAGAGGGGGCCGAGAUCCAGAGCUCAGCCGACUUCAGGAUCCUUCAGGAAGGAGACCUGUACAGUCUGCUGAUCGCUGAGGCCUUCCCCGAGGAUUCUGGAACAUAUUCUGUGACUGCUACCAACAGCAGCGGACGAGCCACCUCCACCGCUGAGCUGCUGGUUCAGGGCGAGGAAGCUGUACCUGCUAAGAAAUCCAAGAGUAUUGUGUCCACAUCUCAGAUGGUGACUUCCCAGACUGGGAUGCACAGGAAGAUGGAGGUUAGUUCCCAGGCCACCACCAUGAUGGAGAUGCACGUUGAAGGUGGAAUGAUGACUCAGCAUUUGGCUCACAAAACCCCUCCGCGGGUUCCCCCAAAGCCGACCUCAAAGUCCCCACCGUCCUUUGUUUCCAAGAUGAUGGGCGGACGCCAGCAGUCGCCUUCACCUGUCAGACAUGUGAAAGGGCCGACGCCCACACCUGUCAGACCGGUUUCUCCCUCCAGCAGGCUGUCCGUCUCUCCCAUCAGACCGGUCAAGUCUCCUGUCAUGAUCAGGAAACAGGUGUCUGCCUCUCCAGAGGUCCUGCCACCAUGGAAGCAGGGAGACUAUAUGGCUGAAUCCAGCUACACCAGUGUGACCAGCAUGACUAGUGUGAGCAGUGCCACCCAGCUUCACAUGGAGAAACACUGGGAGCAGCAGGUCAGCGCCACCAGAGAGAUCCCUGAGGCAGCUGCAGUGCCCACAAGAGCCCAGGAGCCUGUAGUUCCUCCCACUCUUGUUGCUGGCCUGAAGAAUGUAACGGUCACUGAGGGCGAGUCGGUGACCCUGGAGUGCCAGAUCAGUGGUGAGCCCACUCCCGUCAUAAUGUGGUUCAGAGAAGAUUACAAGAUCGAGAGCUCCAUUGACUUCCAGAUCACCUACGAGAACGGAUUCGCCCGGAUGGUGAUCCGCGAGGCGUUCGCUGAAGACAGCGGACGCUUCACCUGCACCGCCACCAGCGAGGCAGGAACCGUCAGCACCUCUUGCUACCUGCUCGUCAAAGUGUCAGAAGAAAUUGAGAGCAGAGAAGAGACGACGACUGUCACUGAAAUAGGAGUCACAGAAGAGAAAAGUAUUGCUAUUGAGACAAAAGAACAGGCGAUGGUGGAGGUGAGCACAGGAGAGACUGCUGCUCCCUUCUUCAUCAAGAAGCCGACCAUUCAGAAGCUGGUGGAGGGAGGGAGUGUUGUCUUCGAAUGCCAGGUCGGAGGAAGCCCAAAACCACACAUCAUCUGGAAGAAGAGCGGUGUGCCGCUCACUACCGGAUACAGAUACAAAGUUGCCUACAAGAAGGAGACUGGCGAAUGCAGGUUGGAGAUCUCCAUGACCUUCGCUGAUGAUGCCGGAGAAUACUCCAUCUUUGCCAAGAAUCCACACGGAGAAACCUCAGCCUCCGCCACCCUGCUGGAGGAAGAGGAAUAUGAAGCCUACAUGAAGCAGCAUGACGUGACAUAUAAAACUGAAGUGACAACGACGGUGGUUCAGGAGCCGUCUGUGGUCGUGAGUCAAUAUGAACUGGAACAGAGGAGGGUGACGACCCCAAUGAGCUUUGUCUCAGAAACGGAAUUCUUAACUUCAGCCUUUGAAGAGAGGAUCAUCCAGGAGAUUGAGCUCCGUAUCAUGAGGAUUACCUAUAGAGAGCUGGUGACAGAGGACGGAGAGCUGAUUGUGACAGCAACAGAAGAGGAGGCAGUGCAGCCGGCCUUUGACACACCCGUCAAAAACUACAGGAUCAUGGAGGGAGUGGGUGUCACUUUCCAUUGCAAGAUGUCCGGAAAUCCACUGCCAAAGAUUGCUUGGUUCAAAGAUGGUCAGCGUAUCAGGCCUGGAGGCCGAUACCAGGUUGAGGUUCUUCAGGACGGACGAGCCAGCCUGCGUCUGCCAGUGGUUAUGCCAGAGGAUGAAGGUGUUUACACUGCCUUCGCCGCCAAUAUUAAAGGAAAUGCAGUCAGCUCUGGAAAGCUCUAUGUGGAACCAUCUGGAGCUGUGACACCGACACCUCAGAGAUUCACACCACAGCCAGCAAUGCAGAGGAUUAGGUCCACAUCUCCUCGUUCUCUGAGCCGCUCACCUGGCCGUUCUUCCAGCCGUUCUCCUGGACGUUCUCCUGCCCGCAGGCUUGAGGAGACAGACGAGGCUCAGCUGGAGAGACUCUACAAGCCUGUGUUUGUCAUGAAGCCUUCUUCAAUAAAAUGCUCGGAGGGGCAAACUGCCAGAUUCGACCUGAAGGUUGUUGGCAGACCAAUGCCUGACACAUUCUGGUUCCACAAUGGACAACAAGUGGUCAAUGACUACACCCACAAGAUAGUAAUUAAAGAGGACGGCAUCCAGUCCCUGAUCAUCGUCCCAGCCCUGCCCCAAGACUCUGGAGAGUGGACAGUUGUUGCUCAGAACAGAGCUGGACGAACCUCUGUCUCUGUAACUCUUAAUGUUGAUGCCCGUGAGACCCUGGCACGUCCUCAGUUUGUUGAGAAGCUGAGGAAUAUCACUGUAAAGCAGGGGACCCUGGUUGAGUUGGCUGUCAAAGCCAUUGGAAACCCCCUGCCUGACAUUGUCUGGCUGAAAAACAGUGACAUUAUCAGCCCACAGAAGCACCCACAUAUCAAGAUUGACGGUACAAAAGGAGAGGCCAAGUUCCACAUCCCCUCUGCUUCAGGCUCAGACAGUGCCUGGUAUACAGCCACAGCCAUCAACAAAGCUGGCAGAGACACUACUCGCUGCAGAGUCAAUGUUGAGGUGGACUUCGCUGCACCUCAAGCUGAGAGAAAGCUCAUCAUUACCAAAGGAACCUACAAGGCCAAGGAGAUUGCAGCUCCAGAGUUGGAGCCCCUUCAUCUCCGUUAUGGUCAAGAGCAGUGGGAGGAGGGAGACCUUUAUGACAAAGAGAAGCAGCAGAAGCCACAGUUUAAAAAGAAGCUGACUUCUAUCAGAAUGAAGCGUUUCGGUCCAGCUCAUUUCGAGUGCAGACUGACCCCUAUUGGUGACCCCACUAUGGUAGUUGAGUGGCUGCAUGACGGCAAACCUCUGGAAGCUGCUAACAGGUUGCGCAUGGUCAACGAAUUUGGCUACUGCAGUCUUGACUAUGAAGUCGCUUACGCUAGAGACAGCGGUGUCAUCACUUGCAGAGCUACUAACAAGUUUGGAGUCGACCAGACCUCGGCCACCCUGAUUGUCAAGGAUGAGAAGGGUCUUGUUGAGGAAACACAGCUUCCUGAAGGGAGGAAGGGAGCACACAGAAUUGAUGAGAUUGAGCGCAUGGUUCAUGAAGGAGGACCAGCAGGAGUCAGCACAGACGAAGAUACUGAAAAGACCAAACCUGAAAUUGUCCUGCUUCCCGAACCAACCAGAGUGUUCGAAGGUGGCAUUGCCCGAUUCCGUUGCAGAGUGACUGGUUAUCCAGCGCCCAAGGUUAACUGGUACCUCAACGGACAACUAAUCCGCAAAAGCAAGAGAUACAAACUUCGUUAUGACGGUAUUUACUACUUGGAGAUUGUUGAUAUCAAAUCCUAUGAUUCAGGAGAGGUCAGGGUGGUUGCAGACAAUCCUUUGGGCACAACUGAGCACACUGUGAAGCUGGAAAUCCAACAAAAAGAGGACUUUAGAUCUGUCCUGCGUCGUGCUCCAGAAGCAAAAUCUGCAGAAGCCCCACAUGAGUCUGGCAGAAUCGGAUUCGAUGUUGUGAAGGUUGACCGACCUGCUGAGGCUGCACAGGAGAGGGAAGUUGUUAAGCUGAAAAAGACACACAGAGUAGUUCGCGAGAAAACCUCUGAAGAGUCAGAUGAGCUGAAGAGCAAGUUCAAGCGCAGGACAGAGGAAGGUUUCUACGAAUCUAUUUCUGCUGUGGAGUUCAAGUCUCGCAAGAGGGACGAAUCCUAUGAGGAUUUACUGAAGAAGACAAAGGAUGAGCUGCUUCAUCGCCUGAAAGAGAAAGAAGAGGCUGAGAGGAAGAGGAUGGAGGAAGAGGGAAAAUUGACUAUCCCCACAAUCAAACCAGAGAGGGUCCAGCUCUCCCCCAGCAUGGAAGCACCCAAGAUCCUGGAGCGCAUUGCAAGCAAGACUGUUGCUCCCAUGGAUGAGGUUCGUUUCCGUGUGAGAGUGGUUGGUAGACCAGACCCUGAGUGCCAGUGGUUCAAGAACGGAAUUCAACUGGAGAAGUCUGACCGCAUUUACUGGUACUGGCCUGAGGACCAUGUGUGUGAACUGGUGAUCAGAGAUGUCACAGCAGAGGAUUCUGCUAGCAUCAUGGUUAAAGCCAUGAAUGUCGCUGGGGAGUCUUCAAGCCAUGCUUUCCUGCUGGUGCAAGCCAAAGCAGCAAUUACCUUUACCCAAAACCUGGAGGACAUCAAUGCCAAUGAGAAGGACACCACGGUGACCUUCGAGUGUGAAACCAGCGAACCUUUUGUCAAAGUCAAAUGGCUCAAGAACGACAUGGAGAUCUCUGGAGACAAAUACAGAAUGCACUCAGACAGAAAGGUCCACUUCCUGUCUGUACUGAUGAUUGAAAUGAAGGAUGAUGCAGAAUACAGCUGUGUGAUUACAGAAGACGAGACUGUCAGGACCACUGCAAGGCUCCAUGUAGAAGGUGCUGCGCUGGAGAUCAUCAAACAACUGGAGAACAUUGAGGUUCCAGAGACCUACUCUGGAGAGUUUGAGGUUGAGCUAUCUCGUGAGGACGCUGAGGGCAGCUGGUUCUUCGGAGAUAAGGAGCUCUCUCCCAGUGGUAAAUACGUCAUGUCCUCCCGCCGGGGAAGACACAACCUGUCUGUCAAGGAUGUCAAGAAAGAGGACCAGGGGAAAUAUACCUUUGUAUGUGGAGAUCUGAGAACCAGUGCCUCACUCAAGAUGCAAUUGCGCCCGGUGACCCUGAUGCAGCCCUUGACCGACCUCACAGUUUGUGAGGGUGACAUUGCUCAGCUGGAGGUCAGGUUCUCCCAGGAGAAUGUUGAGGGUACCUGGAUGAAGAAUGGCCAGGCCAUCUCCGCCUCAGAUCGUGUCCACAUAGUAAUCGACAAACUCAUCCACAAGCUGCUGGUGGAGAACAUCAGCAGAGAAGAUGCAGCUUCCUAUUCCUUUGUGGUUCCUGCCCAGGACAUCUCCACCUCAUGCAAACUUAACGUUCAGAUUAUUGACAUUGUGGUGCCACUGAAGGAUGUGUCCUCCAUUGAAGGCACCAAGGCUGUUCUGGAAGCCAAGAUCUCCGCUCAGGACAUCAGCUCAGUCAAAUGGUAUCACAACGACAAACUGCUGAUGCCCAGUGACAGAAUAAAGAUGGUGGCAAAAGGAGCCAAGCAGCGCCUUGUCUUCUCCACGACCUACGCCUCUGAUGAGGGACACUACAAACUGGUGGUUGGCAAAGUUGACACCAGCUGUAACCUGACUGUCGAAAAGGUACACAUUGUAAAGCACAUGGAGGACAAAGUGUGCUCAGAGUCCCAGAACGUCACCUUUGACGUUGAAGUUUCUCACCCUGGUAUUCAUCCAGUCUGGACCUUCAGAAACCAGCAACUCAAACCUGGGCACAAAUAUAAGAUGGAGUCUAAGGACAAGGCUCACUCUCUGACUGUCAUCGACACCAUGAAGGAUGAGGAGGGGCAGUACACUUUUCAUGCUGGUGAAAAGACAUCCAAUGCUAAGCUCAUUGUCUCUGGUGGAGCCAUCACACGGCCCCUGCAGGACGUGACAGUGGCAGAGUCUCAGACAGCAGAACUGGAAUGUGAAGUUGCCAAUGCCAACACUGAGGGCAAGUGGCUAAAAGAUGGUGAGGCUUUUGAUUUCAAUGAGAACAUGGUGAGCGAGGUGAAGGGAGCUGUCAGACGCCUCAUCAUCAUCAUCACCAGACCUCAGGAUGUUGGAGAGUACACUUACCAGGUGGCCAACUCCAAAACCACUGCUAACCUCAAGGUGGAGGCGGUGAAGAUCAAGAAAACUCUGAAGAACCAGACUGUGACGGAGACUCAGGAGGCGGUGUUCACGCUUGAGCUCACCCACCUCAAAGUGAAAGGAUCCCAGUGGAUCAAGAACGGUGUGGAGCUGCAGAACAGCGACAAGUACGAGAUCACCUCUGAUGGCACAGUCCACACACUGAAGGUCAAGAACUGCAACACACAGGACGAGAGUGUUUAUUCCUUCAAAUUGGGAAAACUGUCUGCCAGUGCAAGGCUCAAUGUAGAGACGAUCAAGAUUGUAAAGAAGAUAAAGGACGUGACAACACUGGCGGACGGCACCGCCUCCUUUGAGAUGAGUCUGUCACAUGACGAUAUCCCUGUCAAGUGGAUGCAUAAAGGUGUGGAGCUGAAGUCAAGCGAAAAGUGUAAGAUUUUGUCAGAGAGGAAAGCGCAUAAACUGAUCCUGCAGAACGUCGAAAGCAGCAAUGAAGGAGAGUACACCGCCGUGGUCGGACACCUGCAGUGCAGCGCCACACUCACCGUGGAGGCUCUGAAAGUCACCAAACCCAUGAAGAGCAUUGAGCUCCCAGAGACCCAGGUGGCCACUUUCGAGUGUGAAGUUUCUCACUUCAACGUGCCAUCCACCUGGCUGAAGGACGGUGUGGAGAUCGAGAUGAGCGAGAAGUUCAAGAUUGUUGUUCAGGGAAAACUCCACCAGCUGAAGAUCAUGAACACCAGCAGGACCGACUCUGCAGAGUACACCUUUAUCUGCGGGAACGAUAGAGUCUCUGCAACGCUAACCGUUAGCCCUGUCCUGAUCACCAGCAUGCUGAAGGACCUAAAUGCUCAGGAGAGAGACACCAUCACCUUCGAGGUCACCGUCAAUUAUGAGGGCAUCACCUACAAAUGGCUGAAGAACGGCGUGGAGAUCAAGUCAUCAGACAGAUGUCAGGUCCGCAGCAAGCAGCUCACGCACUCACUCACCAUCCGAAACGUUCACUUCGGAGAUGGAGGAGAGUACCAGUUUGUGGCUGGCUCCGCCGCCACCACCGCUAACCUGUUUGUCGAAGCUCGCCUGAUUGAAUUCACCAAGAAGAUCAAGGACAUAAAGAUUACAGAGAAGAAGAAGGCGAUUUUUGAAUGUGAGGUCUCUGAACCAAACAUCCAGGUGACAUGGAUGAAGGAUGGUCAGGAACUGGACGUAUCUGACGAAAGAUACAUGGUGACAGCAGAGAAGUACGUUCACCGCCUGAUGAUCCAGACUGUUCGUAUAUCCGAUGCUGGAGAGUAUUCGGUGGUGGCUGGAGCGAGCGUCUCCAAGGCCCAGCUGACCGUGGAGGGUCGUGACAUCAAGAUCUCCGAACCUGCUGAGCGAGAAAUCACGGUUCUGGAGAAACACAGAGCGACCUUUGAGUUCGAGGUGAACGAGGAUGACGUGGAGGGCCGCUGGCUGAGGAACGGAGUGGAGAUUCAGUUCUCAAUGGAGGAGAGGUUCAACUACAUAGCCAUCAGGAAACUCCACCGCUUCACCAUCUCUGAGACCUAUAGGAGCGACGCCGGAGAGUACACCUUCAUCGCCGGCAAAAACAGGAGCACCAUGCACCUCAGAGUCAACAUCCCGGAGCCUCCUCAGAUCCUCCGCCACAUGGAGCCCCAGUCAGUGGAGGCCGGUAAACCUGCUCGCUUCUCGGUGCAAGUGACCGGCAUUCCUCAGCCUCAGGUCUUCUGGUACAAGAACUCCCAGGCUCUGUCUCCAGGCUUCAAGUGCAAGUUCCUCCACGACGGCAACGAGUACACGCUGCUGCUGAUCGAAGUCUUCCCCGAGGACGCAGCUGUCUACAACUGCGAGGCCAAGAACGACUACGGUACCGCCAAGAGCACCGCAUCGCUCAACGUAGAAGUGUCGGAGGUGGUUUCUCCAGACUCGGCUGCUCCUGUUGCUCCUCCUGUCAUCAUCUCUCCCAUCGUCAGCACCUCAGCCCACGAGGGAGAACCAGCACGCUUCCAGUGCAGAGUCCGUGGAGAUGAUGUGAAGAUCUCCUGGUUCCACAAGGAGAAGGAAAUCAAGCAGUCGGACUUCUUCAGGAUGUCUCAGUUUGACGACAGCUGUCAGCUGGAGAUCUCCAGGGUCUACCCGGAGGACGAGGGCGAGUACACCUUUACAGCCACAAACAACGCCGGAUCUGUGUCCUGCUCUGCCACCCUCACACUGGAUGUGACUCAUGUGAGAGAGCAGAUCGAAGCCAAGAUUGAGCAAGAAGUCAAAGUGCCACCUGUCUUUAGGCAGAAAAUCGCCCCUCUGGAUAUAAACAUUGGUAGCCAAGCCAAGUUUGAAUGUGAGAUCGAAGAUGCUCCAAGUGUGACCUUCAAAUGGUACAAGUCUGAUAUUGAGAUCAAACAGAGUGAGAAGUACCGGAUCCUAAGCCGCCCCACCAGUUCCUCUCUGGAACUCCUGAACCCGGUCAAAGCUGACAGCGGUGAAUAUACCUGCAAGGCUUCAAACCAGCACGGCACUGACAGCUGCUCUGCCUCACUUGUUGUUACCGAAAUGUACCCACCGGUAUUUGUAUCAAAACCAGACCCAAUGACUUUAUACAUGGGAAAACAAGCUGUGUUCCAGUGCUCACUUACUGGAUCCUCACCCAUGGAAGUUGUCUGGCACAAGAACAACAUAGCCAUCUCUUCCACAGGGAACUAUGUCAUGAAAUGUGAAAAGAACAAGUAUUCCCUUCACAUUAAAAGUCUUGAGCUAACUGACCAGGGAGUGUACCUAUGCAAGGCCUCCAACAGAGUCGGCACUGCUACCUUUACCACAGAGCUCAAGGUUAUCAACAAGCCCAACUUUGUUAAGACCAUUGAGUCAGCGUCAGCCGCUGUCAAUAACCCGCUGAGGCUGGAGUGCCAGGUGGACGAGGAUACUGGUGUGACUGUCACCUGGACAAGGGAUGGCAAAAAAGUCCACCAGAGCAUGGAGUGUAAACUGUCCUUUGAGGACAAGGUGGCUGUUCUUGACAUACCCAAGUCCAAACAGAAGGACUCUGGGAAAUAUGUGUGCACAGCCACAAAUGAGGCUGGGAGCUCAUCCUGUGAGACUGUGGUAACGGUUCAAGAGCCCCCUACCUUUGUCAAGAAAAUGGAACCAAAGAUUACAUGGAAACAAGGAAUAGCUGCACGCUUACAGUGCACUGUUAAAGGAUCGCCUGAACUUCGCAUCCACUGGUUCUGGAAUGAGAGAGAGCUUAGCAAUGGAGAAAAGUAUAAAAUCUCUUUCAAGACUGGAGUUGCCACUUUGGAGAUAGUAAAUCUUCUGGUCACAGACAGUGGGAGUUACACCUGUGAGGUGUCAAAUAAUGCAGGCAGCGAGAGCUGCAACACCCUUAUAGCUGUUAAAGAUCCACCAUCCAUUAGAAAAGAACUGCAGAAUGUAGAGGUGGUGAAGGGAACAGCAGCUCAGCUGGAGUGUAACAUCACAGGAACUGCUCCUUUUGAAAUCAGCUGGUUAAAAAAUAAGAAAGUUAUCACCAGUGAUCAGAAAUAUAAAAUAAUCUCCCAAGAAUCCUUGUCAAGGCUGGAGAUCCAGACCUUUGAAAGUGCAGAUGUUGGAGAUUAUCAGUGUGUCAUUUCCAAUGAUGUGGGGAAAGUCACCACUAAGGCGCUUGCUAAACUUAAAGAACCGCCAACCUUCUCAAAGAGGGUUGAGAGUGCUACAGCAGUGUUGGGAAAUACAGUGAAACUACAGGGAACCAUUAAGGGCUCAGCCCCCAUCACUAUUAAAUGGAUGAAAGACUCUGAAAUACUGAGAGAUGAUGAUCCAAAUAUCAAGAUGGUGUUUGAGAACAACAUUGCUAGCUUGUCUAUAACAGCAGUUGCCAUCAGCCAUGGUGGCAAGUAUUCAUGCCAAGCUGAGAAUGAGGCUGGGCAAAAAAAAUGUGAAGCCACCUUGACUGUGCAAGAACCUGCCAGAAUCAUAGAACCUGCAGAGUCUAUUAGUGUGACUGCAGGAGAUUCAGCCACAUUGGAGUGCACAAUUUCUGGAAGUCCAGACCUCAAAGUGAAAUGGUUUAAAGAUGGGAAAGAGAUGAUCAGUGGCCGCAAAUAUAAGAUGACUCUGAAGGAAAAUAUUGCCACCAUGAAGAUUCUUACGGCGGAAAAAGGAGACACUUCAGACUACAAGAUGGAAGUGUCAAAUAAAGUUGGAAAAGACCAGUGCACAUGCUCAGUCACUGUCUUAGAUCGGAUAAUGCCUCCAACUUUCACAAAGUCCCUGAAAAGAGUUGAUGGUAACAUUGGUAAUGAUGUCUCCAUGGAUUGUAAAGUGUCUGGGUCCCAACCCAUGACCAUAGCUUGGUUCAAAGAUGACCAGGAAAUCAUGUCUGGGACCAAAUUCCAGCCUGAAUUCAAAGACAGCUCUGCUACACUGAGAAUAAUUUGUCUGGAGAAGGCUGACUCUGGAGUUUACAAAUGCAGAGCCACCAAUUCAGCCGGCUUUAAAGAAACCAGUGGCACACUCUAUGUCAAAGAGCCCCCAGUGUUCACGGUGAAACCAGACAAUCAGGAUGUCAUACCUGGAACCACUGUUUCCUUUAGAGCAGCCUUCACUGGAACAGCUCCAUUGGCUGUUAAGUGGUUCAGAGAGGAAAAAGAGAUUUUAACCGGUGGCACAUGUUUCAUAAAGAAAGAUGCCUCUUCAAGCUCCUUGGAGCUUCACUCUGUGAAACCCAGUGACUCCGCUAAGUACACAUGCCAAGUAUCCAAUGAUGCUGGGAAGGUGGAUUGCAUUACAGUCCUCUUUGUGAAAGAACCUCCCAUGUUUGUGAGAAAGCUUGAGGCAACCAAACUCGUCACCAGCAGCAACUCCGUCAGGCUGGAGUGCAAAGUGACAGGCAGCCCCGUCAUCAGUUUUAAGUGGUUCAAGGAUGAGAUGGAAAUCAGUUCCAGUCCAAAAUACACAAUGGCCUUGACUGACUUAGUUGCAUCUUUGGAAAUAGUCAACUGUUCUGUAGAGGAUAGUGGAAAUUAUGUCUGUCUGGCGUCCAGCGAGGCUGGUAGUGACCGCUGCAGCAGUACAGUUACAGUCAAAGAGCCACCAGUGUUUGUGCGUAGCUUGGAGCCCAAAGACGUGGUGAAAGGUUCUGAGAUGAUGCUGGAGGGCCAGGUCUCUGGUUCUGCCCCUUUCACUGUGUCGUUUUAUAAAAACACAAAGCUGAUUAGGAAUGAUAAGAGACACAGAAUCACUGUGAAAGACGAGCUAGUAUCCCUGCAGGUGCUGGCGGUCGAAGCAGGAGAUGUCGGCGUGUAUCAGUGUACUGUUGAGAAUGAAGUGGGGAGGGCUUCCUGUGAUUGUCAAGUAACACUAAAAGAACCCCCAUCAUUUGUGCAAAAGCUGGAGAACCUCAGCUCCUUGGUAGGCAGUGAGGUUUCUCUGCGGUGCACUCUGAAGGGUUCAGAGCCCAUGACUGUGUGUUGGCUGAAAGAUAACCACGAGCUCAAAGAGACUGAGAACAUUCAGCUAACAUAUGAGAACAAGACUGCUCUGCUGCACAUUGCCAACUUGCAGAACAAACACGGUGGCAAAUACUCUUGCCAGGCACAGAAUCAAGCUGGGAGCCAGACGUGCUCUGCUGUGUUGACAGUCAAAGAGCCAGCUAAAGUGACAGAGGAGGCCAAGUCUAUCAGUGUGACACAGGGGGAUCCAGCCACGCUGGAGGCCAGGUUCUCAGGCACUAAACCGCUGAAAGCUCGAUGGCUAAAGGCCGGAAAGGAGCUGACCUCAGGCCAGAGAUGUAAAGUACAGAGCACAGACACCAGCUCUGUGCUCAAGAUUAUUAAAACUGAGAAAAGUGAUGGUGGUGAAUACAUUUUUGAGGUUUCAAACGAUGUCGGAAAUAGCUCUUGUGAGGCUACACUCACCAUUCUCGAUCAAAUAAUUCCACCGUCUUUUACAAGAAAACUGAAGCAGACGGAAGGUAUAAAAGGAUCAUUUGCUCAUCAGGAGUGUCUUGUAUCUGGCUCCCUGCCAAUAACCAUACAAUGGUACAAAGAUGAGAAAGAGAUCCGGACUGACAAUAAACACAAAUGCACAUUCUUUGAGAAUGUUGCUUUCCUGGAAAUAUCUGAUCUUGUUAGUAAAGACAGUGGCAGCUAUACCUGCAUUGCUACAAACAAAGCGGGAAAUGCCCAGUGCUCUGGGAUCUUGUUUGUGAAAGAACCACCAUGCAUUCUUGAAAUGCCUGAAUCCAUGAAUGUUUUGCCUGGCUCAAAGGUCCUUUUCAAUGUCCUAGUCUCUGGCACGCCACCACUGACCAUCAAAUGGUUUAAAAACAAGAAAGAGAUUUCAUCUAGUGCCGACUGCUCUGUGAUCAAAGACAACACCUCAAGCUCACUGGAGCUCUUCUUUGCCAAAACCUCAGAUUCUGGAGACUAUGUCUGUGAAAUUCAGAAUGAUGUCGGCUCUACUUCAUGCCAGGCAACACUAUUUGUCAAAGAGCCUCCAAAGUUCACACAGACCCCGGCCCGUAUGUCUGUGGUCCGUCCUGGCCAGAGUAAAGUGUUUGAGUGCCAGGUGACUGGCACGCCUGAAAUAGACAUCUACUGGUUCAAGGAAGGCUCUGAGAUCAGUCCCAGUGAUCGGUACAAGGUGGCCUAUGUUAAAUCUGUGGCCACUCUGGAGGUCUGUGCAGCUGACACUAAAGACAGUGGGCUUUACUACUGUGAGGCUCGCAAUGAGGCUGGCAGUGAGAGCUGCAGCAUGGAGCUCAAGGUCAAAGAACCACCAUCAUUUGUUAGAGAGCUGGGUGCAGCUGAUGUUGUGAAGGGCUCCAGUGCCUGUUUUGACUGUCAGGUCGCUGGGACGGCACCAUUUGAGAUAACAUGGCACAAAGACGCGAAGGAGAUCAAACCCAGUGCUAAACAUGGCUUCUCUCAGAAGAAUGGCACUGUGGGUCUAGAGGUGCACAAAUGUGACUCUGUAGAUGUUGGUGAAUACCAGUGUACUGUUGCUAACGAGGUGGGAAGCUGUACUUGUAAGACUACACUAAACCUCAAAGAACCACCAACAUUUACCAAGAGGAUUGAGAACACUGCCACUGUUUUGAAUAAAAUGGCAGAGUUUCAGUGUGUUGUGGAGGGUUCUCCCACUCUCUCUGUACGAUGGCAAAAAGAUGAGAACUGGAUUUUGGAGGAUCCAAAGAUUGAGAGAACAUUUGAGAACAAUGUGGCCAUUCUCAGGAUUCCUGCCUGUGAGGCUAGUCACAGUGGGAAAUACACCUGUCAGGUGGUAAACGAGGCUGGGCAGGAUAAGUGCUUUGCCACCCUCACGGUGCAAGAGCCUCCACAGAUCACAGAAAAACCUGAGGUGAUAAAAGUGACAGUCGGAGAUCCAGUCAGUCUGGACUGUAAGGUAACAGGUUCACCUGAGCUCAAAGUGAAAUGGAUGAAAGAUGGCAGGGAGCUUCAUUCCAUCAGGCAGCACAAGCUGAGCUUUGAGAACAACAUCAGCAGCCUAAAGAUUCAGUCCACUCAGAGAGAGGACGAAGGAGAGUAUGUCUUUGAGGUGGCAAACCACAUCAGUAGCUGCAAAUGCAAAGUCAAAGUGAUCAUACUAGAUCAAGUAAUUCCCCCAAGCUUCAUCAAACCCCUGGUAGACAUGCAAGAGAUCCUGGGCUCCUUUGUUCAGAUCUAUUGCAAAAUAUCUGGUUCCCUCCCCAUCUCUGUGGAAUGGCAGAAAGAUGGAACCAAAAUCUCUAGCGGUGUAAAACACAAACUCAUCCAGCAGGACAAUUCUGUGUCCAUUGAAAUUGAACAGCUAGAGAGAUCUGACGCAGGAUCCUACUUUUGCAAACUGACCAACGCAGCAGGAAGUUGUGAGUGCAGUGGAUCCCUUACGGUCAAAGAACCUCCCAGCUUUGUGACUCUACCUGAGUCCCAGGCGGCUCUACCCAACGCCACUGUACGCUUCAAAUGCACAUUUAAGGGAACUCCUCCUUUCACCGUCAAAUGGUUCAAGGACGAUACAGAACUCAUGACUGGGCCCACCUGUUUCACGGGGCUGGAAGGGCUAUCUUGCUUCUUAGAGCUCUAUUCAGUGGGUGUCACCCAGAGUGGAGUUUACUCUUGCCAACUCAGCAACGAUGCUGGCUCUGUACACUGUAGUGCAGACUUGACAGUCAAAGAACCACCUGAAUUUGUCCUGAAACUCCCUGGUACUAAGUUUGUGAAGCAGGGUGAGCCACUCCGCCUGGAGUGCAAAGUCAGUGGGACAGCCCCUCUGAAAGUGACCUGGUACAAACAGGACACCAAGGUCACAGACGGGGGCAACUACAGGACAUCAUUUGUUGACUCAGUCGCAGUCCUAGAACUGCUCUCUGCCAGCUUUGAGGAUGAUGGAGUUUACACCUGUGAAGCUCAGAAUGAUGCUGGCAGUGUCAGCUGCAGCACCACACUUACUGUUAAAGACGCCCCAUCUUUUGUCAAAGUACCUCAGCCUGUUGAAGGGCUGAAGGGUAAGGACGUGAGUCUGUACUGUGAGAUGAGUGGUACAGCUCCGUUCCAGAUCACCUGGUUCAAAGACAGGAAGCCUCUGAUGGAGAGCAGGAAGUAUAAGAUGGUGAGCGAGGGCAGCUCGGCUACGCUGCAUGUCAUUGGGAUAGAGCCCUCAGAUGCCGGCGAAUACGAGUGCAAAGUAUCAAACAGUGUAGGAAGUGACACCUGCCAGACAUCAGUUAAACUCAGAGAGCCGCCGUCGUUUGUGGAGAAACUGUCAAACAUGACAGUGAUACUGGGAGAGGAGGUGACCCUUGUGGCCACUGUUAAAGGCUCUGAACCCAUUACUGUGUCCUGGGUUCAAGACAAGGAUCACAUUCUCAGGGACGGUGACAACAGGAAAAUCACCUUUGAGAACAACCAGGUCGCACUUAAAGUCUUUAAGGCUGAUGCAACCACGGCAGGCAAAUACACCUGCCAACUCAGAAACGAUGCUGGGAGUGUGGAGUGUUUCGCUAACUUGACUGUUCUAGAACCUGCAAAGAUAGUGGAUAAGCCUGAUGCUCUGAGCGUGACGGCAGGCGAUAUUGCUGCUCUAGAGGUCAAAGUGUGUGGAACCCCAGAGUUGAAACCUAGGUGGUUCAAGGAUGGUGUUGAGCUGGCCUCUGGGAGGAAAUACCAAAUCUCAUUUUCUCAGAUGAUUUCCAGCCUGAAUGUGCUCUCUGCUGAGAAAAAGGACUCUGGAGAGUACACAUUUGAGGUUAUGAACGAGGUCGGGAAGGACCUGAGUAAAAUUAAUCUCACUGUUUUAGAUAAAAUCAUACCUCCAACAUUCUUAAGGAAGUUAAAGGAUUGUAACACAGUUGUUGGACAAGCUGGAGAGAUGGAAUGCAAAGUGUCCGGCUCCCAACCUUUUACUAUCUCAUGGUACCAUGAUGGGGAGGAGAUACAGAGCGGGCCAAAUUAUGAGAUUUCAUUCAGUGACAACAGCUGCACACUGAAGGUGCCAAAGCUGAAACUAUCUGACUCUGGAGUGUAUAAAUGUAAGGCUGUCAACAAGGCAGGAUCCAGUGAAACCACAGCCUCAUUGGUUGUAAAAGAGCCUCCAUCUUUCGUGGUGCCACCACAGCCAGUGGAAGCAAUGCCAAACUCUAAUGUGACUUUCUCAGCCAUGGUGAAAGGCAGUGCUCCCCUCAAACUGAAAUGGUUCAGAGGAACCAAGGAGAUCCAGUCUGGACAGGGCUGUGAUUUCUCCCUGAAGGAUAACAAAGUGACUCUGGAGCUUUUCAAUGUGGACAGAAGCCACGCUGGAGAGUACACUUGCCAGAUCAUUAAUGAUGCAGGAAAGGAAAGCUGCCCAGUUAACCUGACUGUCAAAGAGCCAGCAGCCUUCUCUAAGAAGCUGAAAGACAUUUCAGUUGAGAAGGGCAAACCUUUAAUGAUGGAGUGUACAUACACUGGGACGCCUCAGAUCACAGUGAGCUGGUACAAAGACGGCCAGCAGAUCUUUGCUUCUUACAAAUACAACAUCACCACAACUGAAAGCUCCUGCAUCCUGGAGUGUCUCUGCACUGACGACAAAGAGGCCGCAGGAAAAUACUCCUGCGAAGUGUCCAACGAUGCUGGAAAGGACACGUGUGAGGCAAAUGUGUCCAUCCUCGAACCGCCAUACUUUGUUGAGUCUCUGGAGCCCAUGGAGGUGACAGCAGGAGAUGCUGUGUGUCUGAAGUGUCAGGUAGCGGGUACACCUGAGAUCAAGGUGUCCUGGUUCAAGGCUGACGGCAAAGUCAGGUCCAGCCCCACCUGUAAGUUAGAGUACUCGAAGGGCGUUGCCUGUCUGAAGCUCAGCAAAGCCACCAAGGCCGACAUCGGCGAGUAUUCCUGCAAGGCGGAGAACAAGAUCGGCUCCGCUUCCUCCACCUGCAAACUCAAUGUGCUAGAGGCUAAAACUCCACCGUCCUUCCCCAAGAAAAUCACCAGCCUGCAGCAGACGGAGGGUGAGCCGGUACGGUUCGAAUGCCGCGUCGCCGGCUCGUCACCCGUGGAGGUCUCAUGGUUGAAAGACGGCGAGCCUCUUAGCCAGGGACACGAGUUUUCCAUGCUGUACGACGACAACACAGCCGUGCUGCAGAUCAGCCGCGGCGAGAUGAGACAUUCUGGAGAAUACACCUGUGUCGCCACCAACAGCGUGGGCUCGGCCUCUUGCAGAGCUAAGCUCACUCUUCAAGAACCAAGAUACCCUCCGGUCUUUGACAGGAAGUUGUCACCGAGGGAGGUGACGGUGGGCGACAGCAUUGAGCUGGAGUGUCACAUGACCGGCUCUGCCCCCAUUAAAGUCAAAUGGUCUAAAGACCAUAAAGAUAUUCGCUCUGGUGGGAAUUAUAAGAUCAGCUGUGAGGAUAACACGCCCCACCUGACCAUUCUGAAGGCAGAUAAAGCUGACACAGGGAAAUACUUCUGCCAUGCCUCUAAUGACAUGGGGAAGGACUCUUGCUCCUCUGAUAUCACUGUCAAAGAGCGUAAAAACCCUCCGAUGUUCACCAAAAAGCCCACAGAGCACAUCGAGGACACAGAGGGCAAACUGCUGAAGAUCGAGGGCCGUGUCUCCGGCUCGCAGCCCAUGUCUGUCAGCUGGUUCAAAGACAACACAGAGAUCCACAGCUCUGACAAAUAUGAUAUCAGCUUUAAAAGUAAUGUGGCCGUUCUGUGCAUUAAGAGCAGCCAGGUGGGCGACAGUGGUAGGUACACCUGCCACGCCGCCAACGAAGCUGGAAAGGUCUCCUGCGAUGUCACUGUUGGCAUCUCAGAGGCAAAGAAGCCUCCAGUGUUUGACGUCCCGCUCAAACCAGUGACUGUGGAUGAGGGUGAGAAGCUGAGUCUCAGGUGUCAUGUCUGCGGGUCUCCUCCUCUGAAGAUCCAGUGGAUGAAGGACAGGAAGGACCUGACCUCUGCUGGCAGCACCAAGAUUAGCUUCUCAGAUGGGACGGCCUGCCUUGAGAUCAGUCCCGCAUCCAAACACGAUGCUGGUGAUUACCUCUGCAAGGCCAGCAACGAGGCCGGCAGUGAGUUCUGCAAGGCCAAAGUAACCGUCAAAGAGAAACCAGGAGCAGCUCCAUCUCCUGCUGAAGCACCUUCAGCCGCUCCAACCAAAAAGCUGGAGAAGCUGUUCUUCAUCGAGGAGCCCAAGACUGCACACGUCAUUGAGAAGGGCACUGCCACCUUCAUCGCUAAGGUGGGAGGCGACCCCAUCCCCAACGUGAAGUGGAUGAAGGGUAAGUGGAGGCAGAUCACACAGGGUGGCCGGAUCUCCAUCGUGCAGAAGGGCCAGGAGGCCAAACUGGAGAUCAAAGAGGUGACCAAGUCAGACUCGGGUCAGUACAGGUGUGUUGCCUCCAACAAGCACGGAGAGAUUGAGUGCAGCGCCGACAUGCACGUGGACGAAAAGAAAGAAGCAGCACAGCUCGAGGGAGACCUCCGAGCCAAACUUAAGAAGACGCCAUCGAAGCAGAAGAGUCCACAGGAGGAGAAGGACAUCGACAUCGUGGAGUUGUUGAGGAACGUGGACCCCAAAGAGUACGAGAAAUACGCCCGAAUGUACGGCAUCACCGACUACCGUGGCCUGCUGCAGGCCAUCGAGCAGCUCAAGAAAGAGAAAGCUGAAGAAAGUGGAAGACCGGAACUGGAACGUGACAGAGAGUCUGAUGAGGACAUGGCCCGACUGGUGGCCGACCUGCAGAAGAGGAUGGAGCGAACAGAGCCUGUCACUGUGGUGAAGGAUAUCGCCGAUCAGUCUGUCUACCCCAACAAAGAAGCAGUGUUGGAAUGUGAAGUCAAGAUCAACUACCCAGAGAUCACUCUGUCCUGGUACAAAGGCACCCAGAAACUGGACACCAGUGACAAGUACGACAUCAGCAUCAGCGGCGACCGCCACCUGCUGAAAAUCAAGAAAUGCCAGUCGUCUGACCAGGGCAACUACAGGGUGGUCUGUGGGCCGCACAUCUCCAGCGCCAAGCUCACCGUCAUGGAAGCGGAGGUUGAGAAGCAUCUGCAGGACACAUCGGGUAAGGAAGGCCAGUCGUGCACUCUGUCUUGUCAGUUGUCCAUCCCUAACGUAGAGGCGCAGUGGUAUAAAAACGGCAAGCAGUUAGACAUGAAGGGCAGGUACACAUCUGAGGUGAAACACAAGGUUCAGAAGCUUCUGAUCAGAGAACUGAAGCCCGAAGACCAGGGCAGAUACUCCUGCAAGUACCAGCACCUGGAGUCCUCGGCCGACCUCUGGGUGGAAGCUGAACAAAUUCAUUUCACCAAACGCAUCCACAACAUCGAAGUCAACGAGCGCCAGUCAGCCACCUUUGAAUGUGAAGUGUCCUUCGACAAUGCUAUCGUUUCGUGGUACAAAGACACCUGGGAACUGAAAGAGAGCCCUAAAUACAACUUCAGAAGUGAGGGCCGAAGACAUUUCAUGGUCAUCCGAAAUGUGGCCAUUGAAGACGAAGGCGUGUACUCAGUGAUUGUGAGGUUGGAGCCCAGAGGAGAGGCUAAGAGCACAGCUGAGCUUUAUUUGUCUGGCAAAGAAAUUGAGUUAGCAAUGGUGCCCCUCGAUGUCCCAGACUCCUCAGUUCAGAGGCCUGAAGUGGCUUCGUCAGUGGCAAUCGAAGAAUCUGCUGAAUUCUAUCAUUAUGAAGAAGAGGUUGAAAAGAGAGCUGCCAGAGUUCCCAUUGAGGAGACAGUGGAGACCAAGAAAGUUGAAAUGAGAGAAGCAAUUCCUACAAAAGUCCCCGAAGCUGAGAAGAAGCCUGAAGAGAAGCCGACAGCUGUGAAGGAGCCAUCACCACCGAAAGUACCAGAGGCCAAAAAGCCCGUGGAGGAAAAGGUUCCUGUUGUUUCAGUCCCAGAGAAGAAGGAAGUUCCUGCUCCCAAAGAACCAGAGGAGGUUAAGAAGCCUGUGGCUGCUCCCUCUCCCCCUGCCGAGAAGCCCAAGGUGCCAACUAAAGAUGAGCCCAAGCCUCAGGUACCAGCAGAGCCUAAAAAAGUGGCACCUGCAGCUAAGCCUGAGCCUGAGCCCAAGCCCAAAGUGAAAGCAGAACCUGAACCAAAGCCUAAGCCCACACCAGCUCCCAAAGCAGAACCUGAAGGUAAACCAGCGCCAAAGGUCGAACCAGAGCCUGAAACGAAGCCAGCAGCGGUAAAGAAGCCGGUGACACCACCAUCCAAAGUCCCCGAAGAGGCAGCAAAACCAGAGUCAGCAAAGGUCAAGCCAGAACCAGAAGCCCGAAAACCAAAACCAGAACCAGAAAAACUAAAACCAGAAGUCCAUAAACCUGAACCUGCCGUCACCAAGCCAGAACCAUCUGUUCCAAAACCAGAACCAGCAGUGAAAAAAGCUGAAGCUGAAGUGAAGCCUGCGGUGCCAAAACCAGAACCUGCAAAGACCAAACCAGAACCAUCACUUGAACCAAAGGAACCUCCAAAGAAAGUGCCAGAAGCACCAACAAAGAAGAAGGUGGUUGCACCUCCACCUCCAGUCCUACAAAAGGUGGAGAAAGAGGAGGAAGCACCGCAGGAGAAACCUAUAGCAGCUAAAGUUCCUGUCGAGAAAAAAGUACCCGAGCCUCCAAAAGCAGUCAAGAAACCAGAACCUGCUGUUGUUCCUCCCAAAGAAGAGCCAACAAAGAAAGAGAAAGUUCCUGUGAAGGAGAAGGAGUCGCCACUACAAGUCAAAGAGCAACUAGUAAAGACAACUACUCCUGAAGAAGAGAGCAAACCACAGGCUGCUGUAAAACUUCAAGAAGUUGUCAAAAGGCCUGAUGUCACUGACAAGACAGAGAAGUUGGAGAAAAAAGUGACUCCAAAAGAAGAAAUAAAGCCAGUGACCAAGUAUCAGCCUGUUGAGAAGACUGAAGAACCAACCAAGACGGAAGAAGAAAAACCAAUCAUAGUUGAGAAGAUAGAAGAUAGUAAAGAUGAAACCAAGGGACCUGUCCAAGCACCGGGAGGAGUCAAGAAAGAGGGUCAACCAGCAGAGGAAGCAGGAAGAGGUAGAGGUAGAGGGAUGAAAGCCAAGCAGACCCCGUCCCCUGGAGAAGGCAGGGGCCGUGGUUUGAAACCUGGUGGGAGAGGUCCAACACCCCCAGAAGACCCCUUCGGAGGAUUCAAACUUAAAGCUGUGCCUCUGAAGUUCACCAAGAAGCUUAAGGACAUUGUGUUGAAGGAGGCCGAGUCUAUCGGCUCUGCUGCUGUGUUUGAAUGUGAGGUCUCGCCUUCCACUGCCAUCACUUCAUGGAUGAAAGAUGGCAGCAACCUGCGUGAGAGCCCCAAGCACAAGUUCACCUCUGAUGGUAAAGAUCGCAAGUUGAACAUUAUUGAUGUCCAGCUGUCUGACACUGGUGAAUAUACUUGUGUGGCCAAGAAUGCUGGCAAGGAAAUAUCAUGCUCAGCCAAGCUCAUUGUUGAAGAGCUACCUGUGAAAUGGAUCAAAGAGCUGGAGGAGGAGACUUCAGCUUUGAACGGUCAGCCUGUGUAUAUGACCUGUGAGUUGAACAAAGAGAGAGAGGUGAUAUGGAAGAAAAACGGUGAGGUGCUGAAGAAAAAAGCCGGCAAGAUUCAGAUCAAUAUUAUUGGUAUGCAGCACGCUGUGACCAUCCAGAAAAGCUCUGAUGAGGACGCUGGUGCCUACUCAUGUGAAGUGUCUGGCCAGGAGGAUGUAAAGACCUCAACAAAUGUCAAAGUGAUUGAAAUUGUUAAAGAUUGGAUUGUGAAACCACUGAGAGACCAGCACGUGAAACCGAAGGCUGCUGCUACAUUUAAAUGCGCACUCUACAAGGACACUCCUAACUGGAAGUGGCUCAAAGGAGAGAAUGAGAUCACUCCUUCUGAUAAGGUUGAGAUCAAGAAGGAUGGAAAAGAGCUGACGCUCACCAUCAAGAACUGUCAGCCUGAAGAUGUAGCAGAGUAUGCCAUGGAGGUGGAAGGACACGUCUACACUGCCAAGCUAACACUAGGAGAGCGGGAGGCUGAGAUCCUGAAGCCAUUGGCGAGCGUUGAGGUGGUCGAGAAGGAAGAUGCCAUGUUUGUGACAGAGAUCUCUGAGGAGGAUAUUCCAGGGGAAUGGAAGCUCAAAGGAGAGGUUUUGACAAGAUCCCCGACAUGCGACAUCCAAAUGGAGGGUGCGGUGCGUAGGCUUACACUGAAAAAUUGCCAACUGGACCAAGCCGGUGAAGUGUCCUACCAGGCUCUGAAUGCCACAACCAGCGCAAUGCUCAAUGUUAAAGAAAUCGAAAUGGAAUUUGUUGUCCCACUGAAGGACGUUUCUGUGCCUGAAAAGAAACAGGCCAAGUUUGAAUGCACCAUCACAAAGGAUGUUUCUAAGGUCAUGUGGUAUAGAGGGGCUGACAUCAUCAGCCCUGACCAAAAAUAUGACAUCAUCAGUGAUGGAAAGACGCAUAUGCUAAUCAUUAACUGCUGUGAGUUUGAUGAUGAGGAUGAAUAUACGAUUGAGGUUUUGGGCAAAACUUCAACAGCUAGACUCACAGUGGAGGGUAUCAGGCUCAAAUUUAUCUCGCCGAUAAAGGACCAAACUGUAAAGGAAGGUAAAACAGCUGUGUUUGAGCUGGAGCUCUCUCAUGAGAAUAUCCCGGUCACCUGGUACAGGAACGAUGUUAAAAUCCACCCGAGCAGAACAGUGGUCACUCGUGUGGAUGGAAAGAAACAUGUGCUAGAAAUAAACGAAGUGACGCUAGAUGAUACUUGCCAAAUUAAGGCUGAGGCUAAAGGAAUUCCUUCCAUGGCCAACCUGACGGUCAUAGAGGGAGAUGCAUACUUCACAGUUAAACUGCAAGACUAUACUGCAGUGGAGAAAGACAAGGUGGUUCUAGAUUGCGAGCUCAGCAAAGACGUCGAUGUCAUGUGGUACCACAAUGAGGCUGAAGUUAAGGCCACUAAGAUGGUGUCCAUUAAGGCUGAGGGAAAACGCAGAACCCUCGUCAUCAAGAAAGUCGGGGACAAAGACAAAGGACAAUACGUAUGUGAUUGUGGAACAGACAAGACAACAGCAAUGCUUUACAUUGAAGCUCGUCACAUCAAGGUUGUUCGGCCGAUGUAUGGCACUGAGGUGUUUGAUGGAGAAACGGCUCGAUUCGAGGUUGAGCUCAGUGAGGAUGAUGUCCACGGCCAGUGGAAACUCAACGGAGAAGUCCUCAGUCCAUCUGCCGACAUUGAGAUCGUGGAGGACGGUGCCAAACACACUUUGGUCUUAUACAACUGUAAAGUGCCUCAAACUGGUGAGGUGGUGUUCACUGCUGCCAACGCCAAGUGUUCUGCUAACCUGAAAGUGAAGGAGAUCCCAGUCUCAUUCAUUACGCCGCUGGCUGACGUGCACGUGUACGAAAAGGAUGAGGCAAAGUUUGAGCUGGAAAUUUCUAGAGAGCCCAAAAGCUUCCGUUGGCUGAAGGGAUCUACGGAGUUGUCAAAUGAUGACAAGUAUGAACUUCUGGUGGAGGGAAAGAGACACACUCUUAUAGUAAAAUCUGCCAGAUAUGAAGACGAAGCCAAAUACAUGUUUGAGGCUGAAGAUAAGAGAACAUCUGGAAAACUGAUUAUCAAAGGUAUUCGCCUCGAAUUUAUCAAGCCAAUUAAGGAUGUGACUGUGAAGGAACGUGAAACUGCAGAGUUCAGUGUUGAACUCUCUCACGAUAAGAUCCCAGUGGUCUGGUACAAAAACGACAUCCGUCUGCACCCCAGCAAGGUGGUGCACAUGUCGGACAAUGGAAAAGUUCACACGCUGGCCUUCAAGGAGGUCACCAUCGACGACACCUCCAUGAUCAAAGUCGAGGCCAUGGGCAAGACCUCAGAGGCCAUGCUCACUGUGCUCGAAGGCGACCUAUACUUCACAGUUAAGCUCCAAAACUACACCGCCGUCGAAAAGGACGAGGUGAUUCUGUCCUGUGAGCUGAGCAAAGCCGCGGCCGAGGUCAAAUGGUUCAAAGAUGGUAACGAAAUCUUUCCCUCCAAGAACAUUCUCUACCAAUCAGACGGCAAGAAGCGCAUGUUGGUCUUGAAGAAGUCAGCAAAGAAGGACAUGGGAGUGUACACCUGCGACUGUGGCACCGACAAAACCACAGCCAACCUGAACAUCGAAGAGCGCGACAUUAAGGUCGUCCGUCCGCUGUACAGCGUGGAGGUCACAGAGACCGAGGUGGCCAAAUUUGAGACGGAGAUUUCAGAGGAGGACCUUCACGGCUCCUGGAAACUGUUGGGAGAGACACUCCAUCCAUCUGCUGAUGUGGAGAUCAAGCAGGAAGGAACGCGACACAUGUUGACUCUCUUCAACUGCCGCAUGGACAUGGCAGGAAACGUUGACUUCUCGGCAGCGAAUGCGAGAUCUACAGCUCAGCUCAGGGUUAAAGCCCGAGUGAUCGGCCUAACAAGGCCUCUGAAGGAUGUAACUGUCACCGCCGGGGAGACCGCAACCUUCGAGUGCGAGCUGUCAUACGAAGGUAUCGCUGUCGAGUGGUUCUUGGGGGGUACAAAGCUGGAACCAAGCGACAGAGUGGUGUUGAAGGCGGAGGGGACUGUCCACAGUCUGACUCUGCGGGACGUCCAGCUGCAUGAAGCUGGGCAGGUCCGACUGACUGCCAAGGACUUCCAGACAGAAGCCAACCUUAUAGUCGGAGAGCCGCCAGUGGAGUUCACAAAGCCUCUGGUGGACCAGACGGUGGAGGAGGAAGCCACCGCCACACUUGAGUGUGAAGUUUCCAGAGAGAACGCGGAGGUGCAAUGGUUCAUGAACGGACAGGAAAUCCGCAAGAUCAAGAAGUACGAGAUGAUCGUCGACGGACGCAAGAGAGUGCUGGUCAUCCACGACUGCACUCUGGACGACUCAAGGACGUACACUUGUGACGCUAAAGACUUCAAAACCUCCUGCUUCCUCAAUGUUGAACCUCCACAUGUCGAGUUCUCGAAGCCGCUCCAUGAUGUCGAGGUCAGAGAGAAGGAAUCCGCCAGGUUUGAAUGUGAAGUGUCCAGAGAAGACGUUAAGGUCCGCUGGUUAAAGGAUGGAAGUGAAAUCAGAAAGGGGAAGAAGUACGAAAUUAUUGCCCAAGGUCGCCAACACAUCCUCAUCGUACACAAGUCUGUGUUUGACGAUGAGGCUGAAUAUGAAUGUGAUGCAAAGACCUCCAAAUCCUCCGGCAUGCUUACUGUCGUUGAGGAGGAGGCGAGGUUCAUCAAGAACUUGUCCAAUGUGGAGGGAAGCGAGAUGGACAGCGUGAAGCUGAUAUGCGAGGUGUCCAAACCCAGCGCCGAUGUCACAUGGUACAAAGGAGAUGAAGAACUGCCAGAGGGUGGCCGCUACGACCAGAUCGUGGACGGGAAGAGGAGGAUCCUCCUCAUUCAGAACCUGAAGAUGGCUGACGCCGGAGAGUACAACUGCAGGCUGAGUCCCAGCAUCAAAACCUCCGGAAACCUGAGGAUUAAUGAACUGGCUGCUGAGUUCAUCUCCAAGCCUCACAGCCUGGAGGUGGUGGAGGGCGAGAAGGCGGAGUUCACCUGCUCCGUCUCGAAGGAAACCUACGAGGUCAAAUGGCUGACACAUGACACGGAGCUGGAGGCGGGAGACAAGUACGAGUUGAUCAGCGACGGCAAGAAACGGACGCUGGUCAUCAAGGACUGUGAGCCCAAAGAUGAGGGCGCAUACGUGGUGAUGAUCGGCCCGAACAGAGUCAGUGUCGACCUCACCGUGCUUGAGAAACUAAAGAUCAUCACACCGCUGAAGGACACCGAGGCAAAAGAAAGUCAGGAGAUCGUCCUGAACUGCGAGGUGAACACUGAGGGAGCGAAGGCCAAGUGGCUGAAGAACGAGGAGACAAUCUUUGAGAGCAGCAAGUACGUGAUGGUCCAGAGAGACAGCGUCUUCUCCUUGAGGAUCAAAGAUGCCCAGAAGGGUGACGAGGCCCACUACAGCAUCAACCUGACCAAUCAUAGAGGAGAGCACGCCAAGAGCUCCUGCAACCUCACUGUCAAAGAGGAGAGUCUGAGGAUCGUGGUUCCUCUGGAGGACAUUGACACUCAGGAGAAGAAGACUGUCAGCUUCUCUUGUAAGGUCAACAGACUCAAAGCCACUCUGAAGUGGAUGAAGGGCGGCGAGGAGAUCGUCCUCAACAAACGCAUCCACUACAGAGUCGACAAAGACAAGCACACGCUGACCAUCAAAGACUGCGUGUUGGCCGACGAGGGCGAGUACACCGCCGUGGCGGGAGACGACAAAUCUACAGCCGAGCUGAUCAUCAGCGAGGCGCCAACAGACUUCAAAACGCAUCUAGAGGACCAAACCAUCACUGAGUUUGAAGACGCAGAGUUCACGUGCAAACUGACGAAAGAGAAAGCCGACGUCAAGUGGUACAGAAACGGACGUGAGAUCAGAGAAGGACCAAGAUACACAUUUAAGAAAGAAGGAAAAAUUUGCACCUUGCAUAUCAAGGAGUGCAGACCAGACGAUGAAUGUGAAUACGCUUGUGGCGUAGAAGACAAGAAAUCCAGAGCGAGGCUAUUUGUUGACGAGACCCCCGUGGAGAUCAUCAGACCACCACAGGAUGUGUUCGAACCUCCUGGCACAGACGUUGUGUAUGAGGUGGAGCUCAACAAGGACAGAGUGGAGGUGAAGUGGUUGAGGAACAACAUGACGGUUGUUCAGGGAGACAAAUACCAAAUGAUGAGCGAGGGUAAAGUCCAUAGACUGCAGGUCUGUGAGAUCAGACCUCGAGACCAAGGAGAGUACAGAGUCGUCGUCAAGGACAAAGACGCCAAGGCCAAGCUGGAGCUGGCAGCUGUGCCUCAGAUAAAGACUACAGACCAGAGCUAUGUCACAGAUGCCGGAAAGCCCAUCACCAUGGCAGUCCCCUACAGUGCGUACCCGAAAGCGGAGGCUGACUGGCAGUACGACAGCACGAGUCUUUCCAAAGACAACAUCCACACCUCUGCUGACCGCACAGAGUACCGCCUCAAGGACCCCAAGAAGAGCGACCAGGGCCGCUACAAGAUCAUCAUCAAGAACAAACACGGAGAGGGAGAAGCCUUCAUCAACCUGGACGUUAUCGACGUUCCUGGACCUGUGAAGAACCUGCAGGUAGUCGACACUGCCGAUGGCGAGGUCAGCCUGGCGUGGGAGGAACCAGAGAGCGACGGAGGCAGCAAAGUCAUCAGCUAUGUGGUGGAGAGACGCGAUGUGAAGCGCAAGACCUGGACGCUGGCCACCGACCAUGCUGAGAGCCCGGAGUACACAGUGACCGGACUCCAGAGGGACUCCAUGUACCUAUUCAGAGUCUGCGCUCGCAAUAGAGUCGGCAGCGGACCCAACGUAGAGACCGACAAACCUGUACAGGCCAAGAACAAAUUUGAUGUUCCCGAUGCUCCACUGAACGUGAUCGUCGGAAACGUCAACAAGUUUGGCUGCACCGUCUCCUGGGAGCCUCCUGAGUCAGACGGAGGUUCUCCCAUCACCUCUUACAUCAUUGAGCUGCGUGACAGGACGUCGGUGAAGUGGUCGCCGGUCCAGUUGACCAAACCUGAUGAGCUUAGCUCCAUUAUCAAUGACGUCAUUGAGAACAAAGAGUACAUCUUCAGAGUCAAAGCUCAGAACAAAGCUGGCGAAGGCAAGCCCAGUGCCGCCUCACACCCCGUCAAGAUCAUGGAUCCCAUCGAGCGCCCAAGUCCCCCUCUGAACCUGGCCUGGCAAGACCAGAACAAGAGCUCAGUGCAGCUCACCUGGGAGACUCCUCAGAGGAACGGAGGCAGCAUGAUCACCGGAUACAUCAUCGAGCGCAGCGAGGAUGGCACUGAUAAGUGGCUGCGUUGCAACGCCCGCCUCUGCCCUGACCUCUUCUACAAGGUUUCUGGUCUGAAAUACGGAACAAAGUACAUCUACAGAGUGUUCGCUGAAAAUGCCGCCGGAGUGUCUGACCCAUCGAACGUCAUCGGACCUCUGCUGGCUGACAACCCACAUGUCGGUCCGAGCUUUGACCUGAGUGCGUUCAAAGAUGGCCUGGAGGUGAUCGUUCCUCAUCCUCUCACCAUCAGAGUCCCCAUCACUGGAUACCCAACACCCGUCGCCAAGUGGACCUUUGGAGAGAAGGAGCUGACCGCCGCCGAUGAGCGCAUCACCGUGACAACCAAGUCCACAUUCGUAGAACUCAUUGUCACACCAAGCGUUCGCCCAGACAAAGGCACCUACACCCUGCAGCUGGAGAACGAUGUCACGUCUGUCUCCGGAGAGAUCGAGGUCAACGUCAUCGCGGCGCCCAGCGCUCCAAAAGAUUUCAAGGUUCCAGAGGUGACCCGGCAACACGUCCAUCUGAGCUGGGAAGCUCCAGAGCACGACGGAGGAAGUCCUCUGACCGGCUACCAGGUGGAGAAACGGGACAUAUCCCGCAAGACCUGGGUCAAGGUGGUCACAGGUAUCCAGGAUCAGGAGUUCACAGUCACAGAUGUGAUUGAAGGGAAGGAGUAUCUGUUCCGAGUCACCGCCUGCAACAAGUGUGGACCAGGAGAGCCGGCAUACAUUGACGAGCCCGUCAAUGUCUCCUCUCCCGCAACGGUCCCCGAUCCUCCAGAGAACCUGAGGUGGAGAGACAAGUCAGCCACUGCCAUCUUCCUGACCUGGGAGCCCCCCAAGUAUGACGGUGGUAGCGGCAUCAGAGGCUACAAUGUGGACCGCUGCCAGAGAGGAACUGAUAAAUGGGAGCCCUGCGGAGACAUGGUUCCCGAGACGAAGUUCCAGGUGACGGGUCUGGUUGAGGGCCAGUGGUACGCCUACAGAGUCCGAGCCCUGAACCGACUCGGAGCCAGCAGACCCUGCAAGCCCACCGAUGAGAUCCAGGCUGUUGAUCCCAAAGAGCCUCCAGAGAUCCAGCUGGACGCCAAGCUGCUAGCCGGUCUGACCGCCAAGGCUGGCAAAAAGAUCGAACUCCCGGCCGAGGUGACUGGAAAGCCAGAGCCCCGUGUGAAAUGGACCAAGGCCGACUUGGUCCUCAAACCAGAUGACAGGGUGUCCAUCGACACAAAGCCAGGACACUCGACCGUCACCAUUGCCAAGACCCAGAGAGAUGACAGCUCCACCUACAUUAUUGAGGCCACCAACAGCAGUGGUCGCGCUACCGCCACCGUUGAUGUCAAUAUCCUCGAUAAGCCGGGGCCUCCUGCUGCCUUCGACAUCUCUGAGAUAACCAAUGAGUCCUGCUUCCUGUCCUGGAACCCUCCGCGUGAUGACGGCGGCUCCAGAGUCACCAACUACAUUGUUGAGCGCCGAGCUGCAGACAGCGAAGUCUGGCACCGGCUGUCCUCCACCAUCAAACACACCACAUACAGAGCUGUGGAUCUGGUCAAGUUCAAGGAAUACAUCUUCAGAGUCUUUGCUGAGAACCAGUUUGGUGUUGGAGCACCAGCUGAGCACCCAUCCAUCAUCGCCAGAUACCCCUUCGACACUCCUGGAGCUCCAUACAAGCUGGAGGGAUCAGACAUCGCCAAGGACUCCCUGACUCUGAACUGGUACGAGCCAGAUGAGGAUGGAGGAAGCCCCAUCACUGGAUACUGGGUAGAGAGAUACGAACCCGACCACGACAGGUGGAUUAGAUGCAACAAGCUGCCCAUCAAAGAUACCAACUACAGAGUCAAAGGUCUUCCCACCAGGAAGAAGUACAAGUUCAGAGUCCUGGCUGAAAAUCUGGCUGGAACUGGAAAACCCAGCAAGGAGACCGAGCCGAUCCUCGUCAAAGAUCCUAUUGAUCCUCCAUGGCCUCCUGGCAAACCCACAGUGAAGGAUGUAGCUAAGACUUCCUGCUUCCUGAUGUGGACCAAACCGGAGCAUGACGGCGGAGCAAAGAUCGAUGGCUACAUCAUUGAGAUGCUGAAGAGCGGCACAACGGACUGGAUCCGUGUGGCGGAGAACAUCAGCAUUGUGGAGCACUUCCUGAAGGGCCUGAUGGAGAAGCAGGAGUAUUCAUUUAGGGUGCGAGCGGUCAAUGUGGCCGGAGAGAGCGACCCGAGUGAGCCCAGCGACCCCGUGCUCUGCAAGGAGAGACUCAACCCCCCUUCAGUUCCUCGCUGGUUGGAUGUCAUUGGCAUCAGCAGGAACAGUGCUGACUUGAAGUGGACGGUCCCUGAGCGCGACGGAGGCUCACCCAUCACCAACUAUGUGGUGGAGAAACGAGACGUCAGGCGUAAAGGCUGGCAGACCGUGGACACCACAGUCAAAGAGCUGAAGUACACUGUGACUCCGCUCAAUGAAGGAUCACUGUACGUGUUCCGUGUUGCAGCUGAGAACGCCGUGGGCCUCGGUCCGUUCUGCGAGCUGGGAGACUCUGUGCUGGCCAAAGACACUUUCACUACUCCCGGGCCACCAUAUGCCCUCACCGUAUAUGCCGUGACCAAAAGAUAUGUGGACCUGAACUGGGAGGCGCCCAAAAACGAUGGUGGCAGACCCAUCCUCAGGUAUUCCAUGGAGAAGAAGGAGAAACUCGGAACUCGCUGGGUGAAGUGUGGCAAGACUUCAGGUCCUGACUGUAAAUACAGAGUGACGGACGUCAUCGAGGGAACAGAGGUUCAGUUCCAGGUCCGCGCCGAGAACGAGGCCGGUGUUGGACAUCCGAGCGAGCCCACUGAGAUCCUCACUAUUGAAGAUCCAACAGGUGUCCCGUCUCCACCCAUUGAGCUGCAUGUGACUGGAGCCAGCAGGGACUUCCUGUCCAUUGCCUGGAAACCUCCGCAGAGGGACGGCGGCUGCCCCAUCACCGGCUACCACAUUGAGAUGUGCGAGGCUGGAACAGAGAAAUGGAUGAGGGUCAACUCCCGUCCAGUGAAGGAGCUGAAGUACCGCGUUGAGGAGGGCAUCGUCCCCGAGAAGGAGUACAUCCUGAGAGUGAGAGCCAUCAAUUCCGUCGGAGUCAGUGAGCCGUCCGACAUCUCUGAGAACGUCUUUGCCGCAGACUCUGACUGCAACCCGACACUUGACUUCCAGACUCUGGACCUGGUUGUCGUGGAAACAGAGAAGCUGCACAUCCCAGUUCCCUUCAAAGCCGUCCCCUCACCCAGAAUCACCUGGCACAAAGAUGGCAAGGAGCUGAAGGCUGACGAGCGCCUCGGCUUCAGGAAGGAGUAUACUUCCUGUCACCUGGAGGUCGAAAGCAGUCUUCACGCUGAUGCUGGACAAUACAAAAUCACUCUUGAGAACAAACUGGGAGCCGCCAGCGCCACCAUCAACGUCAAAGUCAUCGGUCUUCCUGGUCCCUGUAAGGAAAUUGUGGCCUCAGAGAUCACCAAGAGCUCCUGUAAAAUAUCCUGGGAUCCUCCUGACUACGACGGUGGCACCCCGAUUCUUCACUACGUCCUGCAGCGGCGUGAGGCCGGCAGGAGGACAUACAUCAACCAGAUGUCAGGGGAGAAUAAGGUGAGCUGGCCCAUCAAAGACCUGAUCCCUAAUGGAGAGUACUACUUCAGAGUCCAGGCCGUGAACAAGAUCGGAGGAGGAGAGUUCGUCGAGCUCCGUCACCCAGUCAUCGCCCAGGACCAGAAACAUCCCCCCGACCCACCGGUGGACGUGGAGACCCAGUUCCCCACAUCUAGCACCAUCACGCUGACCUGGAAGCCUCCAAUGUACGAUGGUGGCUCCAAGAUCAUGGGAUACAUCCUGGAGAGGCAGCAGAAGGGCGAGGACAAGUGGGAGAGGUGCAAUGACUUCCUGGUGCCUGUCCUGUCCUACACUGUCAGAAGGCUGACGGAGGGCAAGAGCUACGCCUUCAGAGUCAAAGCUGAAAACGCAGCGGGGGUCAGCGAGCCAUCUCGCAGCACGCUGUUUGUAAAAGCAUCGGACGCUGUUGAUCCUCCGAAAGUGUUCCUGAGCGGCAGCCUGCAGUCUGGCCUGAACGUGAGGCGAGGCUGCCAGAUCUGCCUGGACGCCAAUAUUUCCGGCUCACCAUACCCUCAGAUCACCUGGUACUGGAACAACAAGAUCAUCCGACCUGAACCACUCCGCAAGAGGCCUGAGAGACCCCUGAAGAAGAAGUUGGAGAAGAAGGAAGAAAAGAAGAAGGAGGAAGGUGAGGGAGAGAAGAAGGACGCAGAGGUGAAGGAAGGAGAAGAGAAGAAGGAGGAGGAGAAGAAGGAGGAGGAGAAGAAGAAAGAAGGAGAGGAGAAGAAGGAGGAGGAGAAGAAAGAGGAGGAGAAGAAAGAGGAGGAGAAGAAGGAAGCAGAGGAGAAGAAGGAGGAGGUGGUGGAGCCAGAGGUGGAGGAGACCGACUACCCGACGCUGACCGAACGACUGUCCAUUGAUAACAGCCGGAGGGGCACGUCCUCCGUUGUAAUCACGGACUCGAUCCGUCUUGACCAUGGCGUCUACAUGGUGAAGGUGGAGAAUGACCACGGCAUCGCCUCCGCUACCUGCGAGGUCAAUGUGCUCGACACUCCUGGGCCUCCGGUGAACUUCCGAUUUGAGGAGGUGAGGAAGAACUCAGUGAUCUGCAAGUGGGAUCCUCCUCUGGAUGAUGGCGGCAGUGAGAUCCUCAACUACACACUGGAGAAGAAGGACAACUCGAAGCUGGAGAUUGGCUGGAGCAGCGUAACCUCGACGCUAAGAGGAUGCCGCUACCUGGUGCCCAAACUUAUCGAGAAGAAGGAGUACAUCUUCAGGGUUGUGGCUGAGAACAAGUUCGGCGCUGGUCCACCCUGCAUCUCCAAACCACUCAUUGCAAAGAAUCCCUUCGAACCUCCUGAGGCUCCUGAAAAGCCGGAGAUUGAUGACAUCACAGCCCACAGUAUGCUGGUCAUCUGGAAUGAGCCAAACGACAAUGGCAGCCCCAUCCUGGGAUACUGGGUGGAACGCCGUGAGAUCAACAGCUCCCACUGGGCUCGUGUCAACAGAGAUAUCAUCCCUGACACUGAGCUGAACGUUGAAGGUCUUCUGGAGGGGAUGACUUACAUCUUCAGGGUGGCGGCUGAAAACCAGGCUGGCCCCGGACAGUUCAGUAUCCCCUCUGACCCCAAGACAGCUCAGGCCCCGAUCUUGCCUCCUGGGCCACCAGUUGCCCGAGUGGUGGCAACUACUGACCUCUCCAUCGACGUGGAGUGGGACCCGCCUGCCGACAAUGGAGGAGGAGAGAUUCUGGGAUACCACGUGGAUAAGGCCAUGGCUGGUACUAAAGACUGGUCCAGGUCUACUGAGCGUCCCUGGAAGAUGCGGGCUUUUACUGUCUAUGGAGUCCGUGAGGGAGCAAAAUACCUGGUCAGAGUCAUCGCAUGCAACGCUGCUGGAGAGGGCACACCAGGAUUCACGGAGUCUGUUUAUGUCAAGAAUCCUGCAGAGAUACCUGUGAUUGAAAUGGACCUGACCAUCAAGCAAGGCGUGAUCAUCAGAGCAGGAGAGACACUCAGCUUGCCUGCCACAGUCACUGGUAAACCCUACCCGUCCAUCACUUGGACGAAGGAUGAUGGCAAACCUGAUAAAGAUCGUGUGGCGAUCCUCACAGAGGGCAACAAUAGCAUUGUUUCAAUCAAGAACAUCCAGAGGAAGGACAGUGGCAAAUACCAGAUCUCUGCCUGCAACCCCAGUGGCACCAAAUCUGCCGCUGCCAGAGUGGAGGUCAUGGACGUCCCCGGACCUGUCACAGACCUGAAGCCAGUGGUUGUCACUCGCAAGAUGAUCUUCCUGAACUGGGAUGACCCUGAAGAUGACGGAGGCAGUGACCUGACCGGCUUUGUUGUGGAGCGCAGAGAUGCCAAGAUGCACACAUGGAGGCAGCCCAUUGAAACUGCCUCGUCCAAGUGUGAGUGCGUGGGCAUCAUGGAGGGACAGGAAUACAUGUUCCGCGUCAUCGCCAAGAACAAGUAUGGCCUGGGCCCACCUGUCGAGCUGGGACCCAUCAAGGCUGUGGACCCACAGGGGCCACCAUCAUACCCCGAGAAGUUCCACUACACCGAGCGCACCAAGAACUCUAUCACACUUGCCUGGAGGCCACCUCGCAAUGACGGCGGCAGCCCUGUUAUCGGAUACUUUGUGGAGAAGAAGAGGCACGACCAGCAGGCUUUCGAGCCCUGCAACACAGAGAUCUGCCCCAACAUGACCAUGACAGUGGAGGGUCUGGACGAGGCCUUUAUGUAUGAGUUCAGGAUCAAGUGUGCCAACCUGAUUGGAGAGAGUGAGCCAUCCAUCCCACUGACUGUGGUCAUCCAAGACGAUGAAGUUGCUCCUGAGAUCCACAUGCUGAAGCAUUUCAAGGGCGACUCCAUUACUGUGAAGAGGGGCGAGCCUAUCGAGAUCCCCGCUGACGUCCUAGGCCUCCCCAUCCCCAAGGUUGAGUGGUCCAAGGAUGACGUGGUGAUUGAGAAGCCAACUGAGACUCUGCUGAUGGAGACGGUAGAGACUGGUAGGAUGAACUGCAAGACCACGUUGUCCAUCCCAGAUGCCAACAGGAAGGACCGUGGCAGCUAUACUGUCACUGCCUCCAACAACAUGGGCUCAGCCAAGCACACCAUCUCCGUCCUAGUGCUGGACCGGCCACUUCCUCCCAGAAAUGUGACAGUAUCCAAUAUCAAGGCGCAGUCUUGCUACCUCCAUUGGGAAGCACCGCUGGAUGAUGGUGGCAGCGAACUGACAAACUACAUUGUUGAGAAGAAGGACGUGAUAACAGAGGAGCCAGAGUUGGAAGAGGGAGAGGAAGCUCCACCUGAACCACAGUGGGUGGAGGUUACCAACAGCAUCAUUGAAAGGAAAUAUGGGGUGUGGAACCUGGACACCAACAAGACAUACUUGUUCCGAGUACGAGCUGAGAACCGCUAUGGUAAGUCUGACCCCUGCACAACAGAGGACGUCCUUAUCAAAGACCCCUUUGGCCUCCCCGGCCCACCAGAGAAACCCACCAUCAUCGAGCACUCCAAGACCUCCAUGACCCUGAGCUGGGAGCCUCCCAGAGAUAAUGGUGGAUCCUUGAUUAUUGGCUACUGGCUGGAGAAGAGGGAGAAAGGCACCAGCUACUGGGCCAAAGUCAACAAGAUGCCAGUCACCAAGCGGAGUAUGAAAGGCUGGGAGUACCAGGUGACUCGUCUGAUUGAAGGAAAUGAGUACGAAUUCAGGGUUGCUGCCUGCAAUUCUGCAGGAACUGGACCAUUCAGUGCACCAUCUGACUCUGCCUUUGCUGUCGACCCUCUGACUCCUCCCAGUAUGCCUGCCGCUCCAGAGGUGGUUGAUAAGACCAAGUACAGCAUCACACUGUCCUGGAAGCCACCAGAGAGGGAUGGAGGAAGCCCUAUCAAGGGCUACAUCAUCCAGAUCCAGGAUGAGGGUACGUCAGACUGGGUGAGUGUCAACGAUCCCGAGAACCUGCACCCCACCACUGAGUUCACUGUGCCCAGCCUCCGUGAGCUCAAACGCUACCGCUUCAGGAUAAUCGCAGUCAAUGACAUUGGCGAGUCUGAUCCCAGCCCCCGCACCAGUGAGGUUCUGGUUGAGGAUGUCCACCUCGCGCCUUCUAUCACUAUCAACGUACAAGCUGACGACCUGCUUUGUAUACGUGCUGGAGAUCCUAUCAGGAUACCCGCCACCAUCAAGGGCCGCCCUGUUCCCAAGGUGACCUGGGACUUCCAAGGCAAAGCCAAGUCACACAAGAAGAACAAACUUCACACACUGCCGGUUGACUCAGAGGUUGAGUCCACAGAGACCACGUCCACUGUGAUAGUCCCUGUCAGUCUGAGGAGCCACUCUGGACGCUACACCAUCACAGCCAAGAACAAGUCCGGACAGAAACACGUAAACGUCAGAGUUAAUGUUCUCGAUGUCCCCGGGCCUCCGAAGGACCUGAGGGUGACAGACAUCACCCGGUCAACCAUGAGGCUGAUCUGGAAACUGCCUGACAAUGAUGGAGGAGAAAGAAUCAAGAGCUACUAUAUCGAGAAGAAAUGUGUCACUGACAAGGCCUGGACCAAGGUGAAUGCAGCCUGUGCCAGCCAGGCCUUCGUAGUCCCCGGCCUGCUGGAGGGACAGGACUACCUGUUCAGAGUCCGAGCUGAGAACAGACUUGGAUUCAGCCCGUACACUGUCACCACUGAACCCGCCCGGGCCAGAGACCCCAUCUACCCACCCGACCCCCCAACCAAACUGAAGGUCAACCUGGUGACGAAGAACACCGUGACUCUGACCUGGGAGCCUCCCAAAAACAACGGCGGCUCUCCCAUCAAGCAUUACAUCAUCGAGCGUUUGAGCUGGGACACCAGCGGCACAGAGAAGGAGACCUGGAAGCAGUGCAACAAGAGAGAUGUGGAGGAGCUCACCUUUGUGGUGGAGGACCUGAAGGAGGGAGGAGAGUACGAGUUCAGAGUGAAAGCUGUGAACGCUGCCGGACCCAGCCGUCCCUCCGCCACUGUUGGACCAAUGGUCAUCAAGGAUCAGACUUGUGCUCCCACCAUCGAGCUGCGUGAGGCCAUGGAGGGCGAGGAGGGCUGUGAUGUCAGCAUUGUGGCAAAGGUGGGCGGCUGUCCAUUCCCCACGCUCACCUGGCAGAAGGCCAGCCUGGCCAAACCUGAGGAGAAGGCUGCCGUCCACUACGACCAGCACAUGAACAAACUGGUGACACAGGACAAGUGCACACUGCUGAUCCAGGACGCCAGCAGGCAUGACAACGCCCUCUAUAGUCUGACAGCCAGCAACAGCCUGGGCACAGUCACCAAGGACAUCAAGCUCACCGUGCUGGGACCUCCUGGCCCACCCAUCGGACCAGUCAAAUUCACAGAGGUGUUUGCAGAGAGGAUCGGCCUGGCCUGGGACCCGCCCACAGACAAUGGCGGCUCCAAGAUCACCAACUAUGUUAUUGAGAAGCGUGAAGAAAACAGGAAGUCUUGGGUCCACGUCUCCAAUGACCCCAAAGAAUGCUCCUACGUGGUGACCCGGCUGACGGAGAACCACGAGUAUGAGUUCAGAAUCAUGGCCCAGAACAAGUUUGGAGUCGGGCCGCCUCUGGUCAGCGAGCCGGAGAAGGCCAGAAACCUCUUCACUGUCCCGGGUCAGUGUGAGAAGCCCACAGUGACGGACGUCUGUCUGGAGUCCAUGACUGUCAACUGGGAGGAGCCCAAGUACGACGGCGGCUCCUCCGUCACCGGCUACAUCAUUGAGAAGAAGGAGACUACCAGCAAACGCUGGAUCCGCGUGAACCGAGACCCGAUCCGAGCGCUGCCGCUGGGCAACUACUGGGACGUCAGCGGCCUGCUGGAGGGCGCCAUGUACCAGUUCAGAGUCAUCGCUGUCAAUGCCGCCGGCUGUGGCCUGCCCAGCCCGCCCUCCGACCCUGUGCUCUGCAGAGACCCCAUCGCGCCUCCUGGUCCACCCACUCCAAAGGUGACAGACUGGACAAAGUCGACAGUGGAGCUGGAGUGGAUCCCUCCUGUGAUAGACGGAGGGUCAAAGGUCACCGGCUACAUUGUGGAAUUCAAGGAAGUGAACAAGGAGGAGGAGGAGAAGAAAGCUCAGAGGAAGCUCCUGUUGAGCGACGAGGAGGAGAAGGAGCCCGAGAGCGACGAGAGCUGGGAGAAGGCGAAGGACACAGAGAUCAGAGGAACUAAGUUUGUGGUGGCUGAACUGAAGGAAGGCGGUCUGUACCGCUUCAGAGUCCGAGCUGUGAAUGCCGCCGGCGUCGGCGAGCCAGGACUUGUGUCUGAGCUGAUCGAGGUCAAAGACAGAACAAUUCCUCCUGAGAUGGACCUGGAUGCCUCGGUGAAGGAGAGGAUCGUGAUCCACGCUGGUGGCACCAUCCGCAUCAUUGCCUACGUUUCCGGUAAGCCCGCCCCAGAGAUCUCCUGGUGCCGAGACGACGGCGAUGUACCCAAGGAGGCCGUGGUGGAAACAACGGGCAUUUCCAACUCUCUGGUCAUCAAGAACUGCAGACGCCAGCACCAGGGCAUCUACACCCUGAGAGCCAAGAACGAGGGCGGAGAGAGGAAGAAGGCCGUCAUCGUGGAGGUUCUGGAUGUCCCUGGACCAGUCGGUCUCCCCUUCGCCGGCGAGAACCUGACCACCGACUCCUGCAAGCUUACCUGGUACUCCCCCGAAGAUGACGGCGGCUCCGCCGUAACCAACUACAUCAUCGAGAAGAGGGAGUCGGACCGCAUGGGCUGGACCUCAGUGUCCUAUACAGUGACAAGGAACAAUGCUGUGGUGCAGGGCCUCAUCGACGGCAAGGGAUACUUCUUCAGGAUCGCAGCAGAGAACAUCAUCGGCAUGGGACCCUUCAUCGAGACAGACAAGAUGGUGAUGAUCAAGGACCCCAUCUCCGUCCCGGAGCGUCCAGAGGACCUGAUUGUCACUGCUGUCACCAAGGACUCCCUCUCCGUCGCCUGGAAGCCACCCAAGUACGACGGCGGCACCGAGGUCACCGAGUACAUCCUGGAGUCCCGCAUGAUUGGUCGGGACAACUUCACACGUGUGGGUGCAGACAACAAGCUGAUGGACAGGAAGUUCACACUGAGCGGGUUGAAGGAAGGCUCAAGUCACGAGUUCAGAGUCUCUGCCGUCAACCAGGUGGGACAGGGCAAACCGUCCUUCAUCACCAAACCCGUCCAGUGCAAAGACGAGCUUGAACCACCCACUGUGGAGCUGGACUGCAGGGAAAAGAUGAUGGUGAAGGUGGGAGACGCCUGCACGCUGUCAGGAUCCUACAGCGGCAAACCCGCCCCGGUUAUCACCUGGACGAAGAACGACGAGGAGCUGAAGGCGGACGAGGAGAUCAGCCUCCACAGCACCGCCCGCCACCUCAGCCUAAACAUCAGCAAGGCCAAGAGAGAACACAGCGGCCGCUACAGCGUCAGCGUGGAGAACGCCGCUGGCACUCGCACAGGAAUCUGCACCAUCACCGUGGUCGAUCGUCCUCAGCCUCCACAGGGUCCUGUGGUGUUCAACGAGGUCUACAGAAACCACAUGGUGAUCUCCUGGAGCCCCCCUCUGGACGACGGAGGCUGUGCCAUCUCCAACUACGUUGUGGAAAAAAGAGACACCAACAGAGACUUGUGGAUGCCUGUCACCUCAUCCUGCACCAGGACCACCUGCAAGGUGCCUAAACUGAUUGAAGGCCGUGAGUACAUCAUCAGGAUCAUGGCUCAGAACAUCUAUGGCAUCAGCGACCCCCUGCUGUCUUCCGAGACCAAGGCCAGAGACAUCUUCAAGGUGCCCGAUGCUCCCAAACAACCCACAGUUAAGGAAGUUUACCACGACUCCGCCCUCAUCAGCUGGGAGCCACCCGCAGAUGGAGGAAAGCCAAUCACAGGCUACAUCGUGGAGAGGAAGGAGACCAUGGCCCACAGGUGGGUUCGCUGCAACACAGAUAGGAUCUUCCCGAAGGUGGAAUACAUGGUGACGGAUCUGUUGAAGGGCUGUGAGUAUGAGUUCAGAGUCAGAGCUGAGAAUGUGGUUGGAGCUGGAGACCCAAGCCCACCAUCAAAACCCGUCUUCGCCAAAGAUCCCAUCGUGAAACCCGGUCCUCCAGUGAACCUGCAGGCCAUUGACCACACUAAGGAGUCAGUGACUCUUUCCUGGAAACCGCCUACUGACACCGGCAGAGGAAAGAUCUUCGGAUACCUGCUUGAGUAUCAGAAGGCUGGAGAGGAGGAGUGGAUCAAGGUGAACCAGACUCCAGACUCCUGCCAGGAGACCAAGUUCAAGGUGAUUAACCUGGAUGAAGGUGCUCUCUACCGCUUCAGAGUUAUGGCUGUCAACGCUGCCGGAGAGUCCGACCCAGCUAAUCUGAAGGAACCAAUCAGAGUGCAGGACAGACUUGAGCCCCCAGAGUUGAUUCUGGAUGCCGGAAUGACCCGGGAGGUGAAGGCCAUGGCUGGCACCCACAUCACUUUGAUGGCCACCAUCAAGGGCAUGCCCUUCCCCACCGUCAUAUGGAAGAAGAACGAUGCCGAGGUACCAACCAGGGCCGACAUUGAGACCAAACAGGACAGCACCAAGCUGGAGAUGAGGUUCUGCAACCGCGGUGACUGUGGAGACUACACACUAACUGUGGAAAACCCGGCUGGAUCAAAGACUGUCACCUGCACCGUGUUGGUCCUGGACAAACCUGGUCCUAUUCAGCACCUGCGAGUGUCUGACGUGAGGAGUGACUCUGCCUACCUGUCCUGGAAAGACCCAGAAGACAAUGGCGGUGUUCGCAUUACUAACUUCGUGGUGGAGAAGAAAGACACAGCGUCCACUCAGUGGGUCCCCGUCUGCUCCACAUCCAAGAAACGCAGCAUGAUGCUGAAGCACCUGAUGGAGGGCACGUCCUACGUGUUCAGAGUCGCUGCUGAGAACCAGUACGGCCGCAGCGAAUAUGUUGAGACACCAAAGGCCAUCAAGGCCAUGAACCCACUCUUCCCUCCUGGUCCUCCCAAAGACCUGCACCAUGUUGACGUGGAUAAAACUGAGGUGUGGUUGGUCUGGAACUGGCCUGACCGCGAUGGAGGAAGUGAGAUCACAGGCUUCCUGGUCGAGUAUCAGGAAGAGGGAGAAAAGGAAUGGGAUGAGUGGAAGACCGUCAGCAUCCCGGAGAGUCAUGUGACCGGCCUGGAGGAAGGAAAGACUUACCGCUUCAGAGUGAAGGCUGAGAAUGCCAUCGGUCUUAGCAGACCCGACACCACUGUGCCUAUCCUUUGCCAGGAGAAACUGGUGCCUCCGAUUGUCGAGGUUGAUGUUAAGCUCACCGAGGGCAUCAUCGUUAAGGCCGGCACCACCAUCAGGCUGCCAGCUAUCAUGAGAGGAAUCCCUGUUCCCACCGCAAAGUGGUCUAUUGAAGGAGAGGAGAUCACGAGCCAAGGCAACAUCAAGAUUGACACCGACAAUUACUCCACUGUGCUCAACAUCAACGAUUGCACAAGGAACCACACUGGCACCUACCUGCUCACUGUCUCAAACCCAGCCGGUACUAAGACAGUGGCCUUAAAUGUCACUGUCUUGGAUGUGCCUGCUGCUCCUAUAGGACCCGUCAACAUCCUGGAGGUCACUCCUGACUCCAUGAUGAUCGAGUGGCGUCCUCCCAAGGAUGAUGGCGGCAGCCCCGUCACCAGCUACAUUGUGGAGAAGAGAGAGUCCAACAAGGAAACUUGGGGAGGCGUGAGCGCUGGCAGCCUGGCCACCAACCUCAACAUAACCCGACUGCAGAAGGGAGUGGAGUAUGUGGUUCGCAUUCGUGCUGAGAACAAGAUGGGUAUUGGUGCUCCUCUGGAGAGCAAGCCCACUGUUGCUGAGCACACUUUCAUGCCACCAAGCCCGCCUGGUAAACCACAGCCCUAUGAUAUCUCAGAGGAUGCUGUUACAGUGGGAUGGACCAUGCCCCUUGCUGAUGGUGGCAGCCAGAUCACUGGCUACCUCAUUGAGCGCAGACACCAUAAAGGAAAGUGGAUCCGUGUGAACAAGACGCCCUGCAAGGACCUGAAGUACAGAGUUCUGGGGCUGUUUGAGGGCAAUGAGUAUGAGUUCAGAGUGUUCGCUGAGAAUAUUGCUGGUUACAGUGGCCCUUCUCCCAUCUCUGACCCCUGCAAGCCCUGCAGGCCCAUCACCGUCCCCAGCCCCCCUGUCAACCCCAAAGUUAAAGAUUACAGCAAGACCACCGCUGACCUGGUGUGGACCAAACCCAACAAAGAUGGAGGCAGCCCCAUUCUGGGGUACACUGUGGAAAUGAAGAAAGCUGAUUCUGAAGAGUGGAAGAAAGUCAACCUGGAUGACUUCAUCAAGCGGUGCGCUUACACGGUGAAGGGCCUGGAGGAGGGUGUGACCUACAGGUUCAGAGUCUAUGCCACAAACAUGAUCGGAGAUGGAGAGCCCAGAGAAAUCCCAGAGUCAAUCACUGCUCAGGACAUCCUUAUCCCUCCAGAGAUCGAGAUGGAUGCCAAAUGCCGUGAGCGUCUCACUGUGCGCGUCGGUCACAACAUCAACAUCAUUGGCUUCAUCAAGGCCCGUCCUGACGCUGAGGUGCUUUGGUUGAAAGAAGAGACGGUUCUGGAGAACAACAAGCGUGUCACUAUCAUCCAGAACUUCCCUAUGGUCCACCUGAAGAUCAAGGAAGCCACUAGAGCUGACCAUGGCAAAUACACCUUGAAAGCUUCAAACGAGGGGGGCGAGGCUUCCUGCACCAUCACGGUCAACGUGCUGGACAGACCCAGCCACUGCCAGAAUCUCCACAUGACCUAUGUUACCAAGAACUCAUGCAUGGUCAACUGGGAGGCCCCUGAAGACAAUGGCGGCUCUGAGAUCACCAACUAUAUUGUGGAGUGCCGCGAGCCCAGCAUUAGCAUGUGGUCUAUGAUCUCAUCCCAUUGCACUAAUCGCAUGAUCAAGGCCAAACUGAUGGAGGGUCAUGAGUACCUGUUCCGUGUCUGUGCUGAGAACAAGAUGGGACCUGGGCCCACUGUGGAGACAAAGACUCCUCUGCUGGCCAUUGACCCCAUCGAGAAGCCAGGUGAGCCUGAGAACUUCAGGGCCACAGACAUUGGCAAGAACCACGUCAAUCUGAGAUGGAGGAAGCCUGACUAUGACGGAGGCAGCCCCAACAUCUCCUACAACCUGGAGUGCAAAGCCAAAGAUGCUGAGGAGUGGCAGAAACUCAACACUGACACCCUGACCAACACCUUUUUCCUGGCUGACAAGUGUGUCGAGAACCAGAUGUACACCUUCAGGGUGCAGACUGUCAAUGAAGGAGGGGAGAGUGCUUGGGUGAAACUUGCCGAUAUUUUGGUGAGGGAGGAAAUCCAGAAGCCUGUCAUCGACCUGAAGCUGUCUGGAACUCUGACAGUAAAGGCCGGAGAGUCAGUCAGGAUAGAGGCUGGCCUGAGAGGAAAGCCCCAGCCUGAGGUCAAGUGGAAGAAAGACAAGGCAGUUGGAGAUAACCCCAGAAUCAGCUACGAGACUGGCUCUGACUACUCCAAGUUCCUCCUGACCAAGUCCAAACGCAGUGACACCGGAAAGUAUAUUAUCACUGCCACCAACUCUGCUGGCACAUUUACAGCAUACGCCAAUGUCAACGUCUUGGACGUCCCCGGCCCAGUGAGGAACCUCAGGAUCACUGGCAUUGGAGCUGACAAGUGCAGAGUGGUGUGGGAUAUUCCAGAGGAUGAAGGAGGCUGCGAGGUGGACAGCUACAUUGUGGAAAAAUGUGAGACCAGGAGGAUGGUCUGGUCCACAUACUCUGCCUCUGUGGUCACACCGUACUGCAACGUCACUCGUCUGGUGGAGUCCAAUGAGUAUAUCUUCAGAGUGAGGGCAGAGAACAAGAUGGGAACUGGCCCCGCCAUGGAGAGCAAGCCUGUUACUGUCAAGACUCAGUUCAACAAACCUGGACCCCCUGAGGCACCUGAGGUCACAAAGGUGAGUAAAGAUGAGAUGACGGUGGUCUGGGCUCCUCCUGAGAACGAUGGAGGGAAGUCAAUCACUGGCUACAUCCUGGAGAGAAAAGAGAAGAGGGCAGUUCGCUGGGUGCCAUGCACCAAGAGCGCCAUCUCAGAGAGACGCAUGAAAGUCACCAACCUGAUCCCCAACCACGAGUAUCAGUUCAGAGUGAAGGCCGAGAAUGAGGUCGGCCUGGGAGAGCCCAGCAAACCCUGCAGACCCGUCGCAGCCAAAGAUCCCAUUGAGCCACCUGGCCCCCCUGCGGGCCUGAAGGUAGGCGACAGCACCAAGACCUCCAUCACUCUGUCCUGGUCUAAACCUGUGUAUGAUGGCGGUGCCCCUAUCAUCGGCUACAGCCUGGACAUGAGGCUAAAGAGUGAGGCGGACCCUGAGAAGCCCACAGAGGGCUGGAAAAGGAUUGACACCCACGGCCCGCUGGUCCUCACAGAGUUCACCAUCGGUCAGCUGGAUGAGAAGCAGGAGUACGAGUUCAAGGUCUCUGCCCAAAACCAGGUGGGCUGGGGACGUCAUGCCUACCUGAAGGAGGCCGUGUCCCCCAAGGAGAUCCUGGAGGCUCCAGAGAUUGACCUAGAUGCCAGUUUGAGGAAAGGCCUGGCCGUCAGGGCUGGCUGUCCAAUUAGGCUCUUUGCCGUCAUCAGAGGAAGGCCCGCCCCCAAGGUGACCUGGAAGCGUUUGGGUGUGGACAACGUGAUCCGCCGAGGUCACGUGGACCAGGUUGACACCAUGUCCUUCCUGGUCAUCCCAGAGAGCACCAGAGAAGAUUCUGGAAAAUACUCGCUGACUCUGUCUAAUUCUGCCGGGGAGAAGGCCGUGUUUGUCCGUGUCAAAGUCCUCGAUACUCCUGGUCCUGUUGGUGGCCUGGAGGCUACUGACGUCACCAAGACAACAGCUCAGCUGUCCUGGUUGCCACCGGAGAAUGAUGGCGGCAGCACUAUCCUCAACUACAUCGUGGAGAAACGUGAGGUGGACAGGAAAACCUGGACCAAGUGCACAGAGGACCUGAAGAAGACCAGCUUCAAGGUGACCAACAUGACGCCUGGUAUCGAGUACUACUUCAGAGUCAUGGCCUGCAACAAGUACGGCAUUGGAGUUCCUCAGGACUCACCCAAGUCCUACCUGGCUGUCGAUCCCAUCAGUGAGCCAGACCCUCCAAAGAAGAUGGACGUGUUGGAAAUAACCAAGAACAGUGCCACUCUGGGCUGGCUGAAGCCACUCAGAGAUGGAGGAGCCAAGAUCAAUGGUUAUGUGGUGGACUACCAGGAGGAAGACGCACCAGAGGACAAGUGGACACCUUAUUCUGUGGUCAAAGACCUGACUAUUGUCGUGGUCGGUCUGAAGGAAGGAAAGAAGUACAGGUUCAGAGUAGCAGCCAGGAACUCAGCAGGAGUCAGCCUGGCCCGAGAGGCAGAGGGAGUGUUUGAGGUCAAAGAGCAGCUCAUGGCUCCUAAGAUUAUCAUGCCUGACAUUGUGACAGUCAGAGCUGGAUCCAAGAUGGUGGUCGAGGCCAUUGUGGCGGGUAAACCUGCUCCAUUCUGCAAGUGGAAGCAGGGCAACGAGGACGUGCUGACCUCUGAUCGUCUGUCUGUUGUCAAGACGCUGACGACCUGCACACUCAUCGUAAAGAAUGUGACAAGAGCAGACAGUGGCUACUAUAGCUUGUCAGCCGAGAACAGCACCGCCAAGAUCAACCAGAUCCUCAGAGUCAUCGUCAUGGACAUCCCUGGACCCCCUGAAGCUCCUCUGGAGAUCACUGAGCAGGACAUCGAUGCCUGCACGCUGCUCUGGAACUCUCCACAGGAGGAUGGUGGCAGCAACAUCACCAACUACAUUGUGGAGAAGUGUGAUGUCAGCCAGGGCGACUGGAUCACUGUGUCCUCAUCCUGCACCAAGACCAGCUUCAGAAUGACCAAACUGACAACUGGCAAGGAGUACGGCUUCCGAGUCCGUGCCGAGAACAGGUUUGGCAUCUCUGCGCCCAUCUACUCUGAGAAGAUGAUUGCCAGAUAUCCAUUUGAUCCUCCCAGCGAGCCCAGAAACCUGCAAAUUAACAAGAUCAACAAAGACUUUGUCAUCCUGUCGUGGGAGUGUCCCAGCAGCGAUGGUGGCAGCCCCAUCACUGGAUACUGCAUUGAGAAGAAGGAGAGGAACAGCCUGCUGUGGGUCAAAGCCAACGAGUCAGUAAUCAGAGCCACCCAGUACACCUGCACUGGCCUGAUUGAGGGCUUGGAGUACACCUUCAGGGUGUCGGCCCUCAACUUGGCCGGACAAGGCAAACCUUGCAAACAGACCGACAUCAUCACCGCCAGGACUGCUGUCGACCCACCAGGUAAACCUGAGCCCAUGGAUGUGACCAAACACUCUGUGUCAUUGGUAUGGAGCCGACCCAAGCAUGAUGGUGGCAGCAAGCUGAUUGGCUAUUACAUGGAGUACGCAAAGCUUCCGGAGGAGAAGUGGAAGCGCUGCAACGCCAACUGCAUGAACAUCCAGACAGAAAGUUAUGUGGUGACUGGCCUGGAAGAGGGGCAGCAGUAUCAAUUUAGAGUUAUCGCCAAGACCGCUGUUAACAUCAGCCUUCCAUCCGAGUUGUCCGACCCGAUUCCUGUCAUUGCUGAGAAUGUUCCUCCUCGUGUGGAGCUGGGCAUCAACAUGAAGAACCUGAUUGUGUUGAAAGCUGGAGAAAAUGUCUUCCUUGAUGCUGAGGUGUUUGGGAAGCCCCUGCCCAAGGUGAGCUGGAAGAGAGACGGAGCACCUCUGGUCCUUGCGGAGGGAAUGAAGAUGACCCAAAAGAAACACAUCCACAUACUGGAGCUCUAUGCCGUCACCAGGAAGGAAUCUGGAGACUAUUCUAUCACUGCUGAGAACAUCAACGGUAGCAAGUAUGCUACUAUCAAGGUCAAGGUUCUUGACAAACCAGGCCCUCCAGCCUCAGUGAAAACUGCUAAGGUGUUUGCUGACCGUGUUAAGCUGCGGUGGGAACCUCCACUGGCAGAUGGCGGCUCUGAGAUCACCAACUACAUCAUCGAGAAGCGUGAGACCAGCAGGGCCAACUGGGCACAGGUCACCUCUAACAUUCAUGGACACAUCACUGACUGCUCAGUGGAGAAACUCAUCGAGGGACACGAGUACCAGUUCAGAGUGAGCGCUGAGAACCAGUAUGGUGUGGGAGACCCCGUCAUGACUGACCCUGUCAUGGUCAAGAACCCGUACGACGUCCCCGGUCCCUGUGAGCCGCCUGUCAUCACCAACAUCACCAAGGACUCCAUGACAGUCAGCUGGAAGGCGCCAGCCAAUGAUGGCAGGGCCACCAUCCUUGGCUACAUGUUGGAGAAACGCGAAGCCACUGAGCUGACCUGGGCUAAAGUCAACCGCCGGCCAGUCAUCGACAGGACCCUCAAGGCUGCUCAGCUAACUGAGGGCUCAGAGUAUGAGUUCAGAGUCAUUGCCAUGAACAAGGCCGGGCUGGGUAAACCCAGUGACGCAUCCAACGCUGCGCUGGCUGUCGACCCAGUCUAUCCUCCCGGCCCACCUGCCUUCCCUAAGGUGGUGGACUCCACCAAGAGCUCCAUAAGCCUUAGCUGGACCAAACCGGCAUACGACGGUGGAUGUGAAAUCAUUGGCUACCUGGUGGAGUAUAAGCUAGCCGAUGGAGAGAACUGGACCAAGUGCAAUGUCCCCAAGAAACUCCAGGCCACCAAGUUCCUGGUGACUGGUCUGAUGGACAACACUGAGUACCAGUUCAGAGUCACCGCUGUCAACAAGAUUGGCUACAGUGACCCCAGUGAGGUCCCUGGAAACCACAUGCCCAAGGACAUCCUCAUCGCUCCUGAAGCUGAGCUGGACGCCGACCUGAGAAAGGCGUUGGUUCUUAGAGUGGGUGUCACCAUGAGGGUCUAUGUUCCCCUGAGAGGACGCCCGGCGCCUAAAGUGACAUGGACCAAGGUGGACGCCAACCUAUCGGAGAGGCAGGGUGUGCUGAUCAAGACGUCAGAGUGGGACACGCUGCUGAUGGUUGAAGAUGUUAACAGAUAUGAUGCUGGCAAAUACGUCUUGUCGCUCGAGAACAGCAGUGGCUCCAAGAGCUACACCAUUGUUGUCAAGGUCCUUGAUUCUCCUGGACCACCUACAAACCUGAUUGUCAAGGAGACCUCCAGAAACCAUGCCUUCAUCACCUGGGAUGCCCCACUGAUUGACGGUGGAGGCCCAGUCAAGAACUACAUUGUGGAGAAGCGUCUGGCCGAGAGGAAGGCAUGGACAUGUGUGUCGGCAGCAUGUCUGAAGCCGUCAUUCAGGAUCACCAACCUGGAGGCAGGACAAGCCUACUGCUUCAGAGUGCUGGCUGAGAACGCCUAUGGCAUCGGCGAGGGCUGUGAGACCCCUGGCAGCAUCCGGGCCUCAGAACAACCUGGUCCCGUGAUGGACUUCAAAGCUAAGAAGAUCACCAAGGACUCGAUCACCCUGGGCUGGAAGAAGCCCGUCGGUGAUGGCAUCAGUCACGUCAGCGCCUACAUCCUAGAGCAGAGUGAAGGCGAGGAGAAGUGGAAACAGAUCAUGAAGGGCAAGAAUACCUCACACACUGUCAGCGAGCUCACCGAGGGCAAGGAGUACUUGUUCAGAGUCAAGGCACUCAACGAGUCUGGAGAGGGACCACCUACCGACCUUGCCGUUGUUGCCAAGGACCAGUUUGUGCUGCCUGACUGCAACUUGAGCAGCCUGCAUGAUGGUUGCUAUGUGGUGAAGGAGGGCAGUACCACACGUAUCAACAUCCCCAUCAGUGGUGUACCCUACCCCACUGCCACAUGGAAGAAGGGUGAUGUAGCCCUGGGAGACACCGGUCGGAUGUGCGUGGAGGCGUCUCAGGGCAUCACCACCCUGCUGAUCAGGGACUGCCAGAGAGGAGACGCUGAAACCUACACCAUCAAUGUCAGAAACAGCGCUGGCUCCAAGGACUGCAAGUUCCAGCUCAAGGUGGUAGGCAAACCGGGCAUCUGCACCGGACCUAUCAAGUUUGACGAGAUCACUGCUGACGGCAUCACCCUGGAAUGGGAGCCACCCAAAGAUGAUGGCGGUGCAGAGGUGUCCAACUACAUUGUAGAAAAGAGGAGGACGACAGACAACAAGUGGGCCACAGUGGCUUCAGCAAUUCAGAAGACCACCAUGAGGGUGAUCCGCCUCCACGAUGGAGUGGAGUACAUCUUCAGAGUAUUCGCUGAGAACAAGUAUGGGGUUGGAGAGUAUCUGAGGUCAGAUCCGGUCAUCGCCCAGCAUCCAUUCAAUGUGCCUGGGGCACCUGCUCCUCCAGAGAUUGCGAGCAUCCGCCACGAGUCAGCCAUCCUGACCUGGGCUGAUCCAAAGGAUACUGGUGGCUCCACAAUUAUUGGAUAUCAUGUGGAGUUUAAGGAGAGGAACAGUCUGAUGUGGAAACGAGCCAGUAAGACUCCUCUGAGAGUGAAGGAGUGCAGAGUCACUGGCCUGAUAGAGGGACUAGAGUACGAGUUCAGGGUAAUGGCCAUGAACAUGGCGGGCCUAGGAAAGGCGAGCAAGGCCACUGAGGGUGUGGUUGCCCUGGAUCCUAUUGAUCCUCCUGGCAAGCCCGACGUGAUCAAUGUCACCAGGACCACAGUCACUCUGAUGUGGACCGCUCCCAAGUAUGACGGCGGCUACAAGCUGACUGGCUACAUGGUGGAGAAGCUGGAGGCUGGCGGUAAGGCCUGGAUGAAGGCCAACCAUGUCAACAUCCAAGAUUGCGCCUUCACUGUCACCGACCUAACCGAAGGAUCUCAGUAUCAGUUCAGGAUCAGGGCUAAGAACUCUGCUGGGGCUGUCAGUGUUCCUUCAGAGCCUACUGAUCUUCUGACCUGCAAGGAUGAGUACGAGCCUCCGACCAUUACUAUUGACCCAGACAUGAAGGAUGGUGUAUCGGUCAGGGCAGGAGACACAAUUGUGAUCUCAGCCUCCAAGAUUGUUGGCAAACCCCCACCCAUUGUUGUCUGGUCCAAAGCAGGCCGUGAGUUCAAGACCUCUGACACUGUCACCAUCACCAGCACUCCUACCUCCUCCACCUUGGCUAUCAAGUAUGCUAGUAGAAAGAACACAGGAGAGUACACCAUCACUGCUAGCAACCCCUUCGGCAUUAAGGAAGAACACGUAAAGGUCAAGGUCCUGGAUAUCCCCGGACCUCCAGGCCCUAUUGAAGCUAGUAACAUUUCAGCUGAGAAGUGUACUCUGACCUGGCUUCCACCAGAGGAGGACGGAGGCUGCUCCAUCAAGUCCUACAUACUUGAGAAGAGAGAGACCGGCCGCCUGCAGUGGACCAAGAUAGCAGAAAACAUCAUAGACUCCAGAUAUGUAGUCCACAAACUGAUCAAGGGCAAUGAGUACAUCUUCAGAGUGUCUGCUAUAAACCAGUAUGGCACUGGGGACUCAAGCCAGUCUGGUCCAGUCAAAAUGGUUGACAGUUUCCGUCCACCAGGCCCACCCUCAACCCCAGAGAUUGAAAACAUCAGCAGGAAUGCUGUCACCAUUUCAUGGAAGAGACCAGUGCAGGAUGGAGGAAGUGACAUCAGAGGAUAUAGUGUACAGAGGAAGGAGAAGAAAGGAAUGAGAUGGGUGAGAGCCAGUAAGAGGACGGUCCCUGACCUGCGCUUCAAGGUGCAAGGCCUGAAUGAGGGAGUAGAGUAUGAGUUCAGAGUCACUGCUGAGAACAGAGCAGGAUUUGGGGAGCCCAGUGAACCAUCGCGCCCUGUGAUGACCAAGGACAUUGUGUAUCCACCUGGUCCUCCAUCCAACCCCAGAAUUACAGACACCACAAAAACCUCAGCCACCUUCGCCUGGGGUCGACCCUUCUAUGAUGGUGGUCUCGAAGUAGAGGGCUACAUUGUUGAGUACAAAAAGGAAGGGCAUGAUGACUGGGAGACGGAGACACAGUACACCCUGAAAGCUACUGAAUAUGUUAUUGGUAAACUUCAAAAGGGAGGCAAAUACCACUUCAGAGUCAGAGCUGUGAACUCUGAAGGAGUUGGCGAGCCUGCAGAGGUCGAGAAAGUGACUGAACUGGUGGACCAGGAGAUGCUGCCAGACUUUGAGCUGGAUGCUGAACUCAGGAGAACCCUGGUGGUCAGAUCCCGUGCGUCAAUCCGUAUGUUUGUUCCCAUCAGGGGCCGUCCUGUUCCUGAAGUAACCUGGACCAAAGAUGACACCAAUCUGAAAACACGUGCGCAUAUUGACACCACAGAAUCUUACACACUAUUGGUGAUUCCUGACUGCACCAGAUACGAUGCUGGAAAGUACCACCUUUGUCUGGAGAAUGUUGCUGGAAAGAAGACUGGCUUUGUUAAUGUAAGAGUUCUGGACACGCCAGGACCUCCAGUUAACCUCAAACCUAGAGAGAUCACUAAAAAGGGCAUUACCCUCCAGUGGGAAAUCCCUAUCAUCGACGGUGGUUCUAAGAUUCACAACUACAUUAUCGAAAAGAGAGAGGCCACCAAGAAGGCCUACACAGUCCUUAGCACCACAUGGCAGAAGUGUUCUUUCAAGAUCCCUGACCUUGAGGAGGGAGCGUACUACUACUUCCGUGUCUCUGCUGAGAAUGACCUGGGUGUAGGUGAGCCUGCUGAAACCCCUGAGCCGAUCAGGGUGUCCCAAGCCCCCUCUGCCCCCGAGAACUUGUAUGUCACAGAUGUGACUGCUGACACUGCCAGCUUGGCCUGGGCCAAGCCCCUGCAUGAUGGUGGCACCUUGAUCACAGGAUAUGUCAUUGAGGCCCAGAAGAAGGACACUGACCAGUGGGUCCAUGUGGCCACCAUCAAGGCUCUGGACUACACUGUCACAGAUCUGAUUGAGGGUGCAGAAUAUACUUUCCGCAUAAUGGCAGUCAAUGCAUCAGGCAGGAGCGACCCCCGUGAGAGCAGGCCUGCUAUUAUCAAAGAGCAAACCUCCGCCCCAACCUUUGACCUACGUGGAGUCUACCAGAAGACGGUCAUCGCCAAGGCUGGAGACCGUGUUAAGGUGGAGAUUCCAGUGCUUGGCAAACCCAGACCUGUGGUUUCCUGGAAGAAAGGAGACACAGUGCUGAAGGAGACACAGAGAAUCAACGUUGAAACCACACCAACAUCAACCAUCCUCAAUAUCAGUGAGAUUAAGAGGACUGAUGGAGGCCAGUAUUCCAUGACUGGAAAGAACAUGCUGGGUACACUGACUGAGACAAUAACAGUCUUGGUCCACGAUAUUCCAGGGCCUCCUACAGGUCCAAUUAAGCUGGAUGAGGUCUCAUGUGAUUAUGUUCUCAUGUCCUGGGAGGCACCAGAGAAUGAUGGAGGCGUUCCCAUCAACAACUAUAUUGUUGAGAUGCGGGAGACCACUGGUACUUCCUGGGUGGAGUUGGCAGCCACAGUGAUCCGCACCACAUUCAAGGCAGCCCGGCUCAACACUGGAACUGGAUAUCAGUUCCGAGUCAAGGCUCAGAACAGAUACGGCAUUGGACCUUCCAUUAUCUCUGAACCAGUGAUAGCUGCCUAUCCAUUUGAUGUGCCAGGGCAACCAGGCACUCCUGUGGUCACAUCUUUCAACAAGGAUGCUAUGACCCUGAGUUGGCAUGAGCCAUCCUCUGAUGGUGGCAGUGCAAUCUUGGGUUAUCAUGUGGAGAGAAAAGAGAAAAAUAGCAUUCUUUGGCAGAGGAUCAGCAAAGCUCUUGUUGUUGGAAAUAUCUUCAAAUCGACAGGACUUGUUGAUGGAAUCCAAUAUGAACAUCGCGUUAUUGCUGAAAACUUGGCCGGUCUCAGCAAACCAAGCAAACCCUCUGAGACUAUGUAUGCUUUGGAUCCAGUUGAUCCACCAGGCAGGCCUGUGGCACUGAAUAUCACUAGACAUGAAGUGACAGUUUCAUGGACCAAACCAGAGGGGGAUGGUGGAUUUUCCAUCACUGGAUACACAGUGGAGAGGAGAGAGCUGCCCAAUGGACGGUGGCUCAAAGCCAACUUCAACAACAUUCUAGAGACCAUUUACACAGUCAGUGGUCUGACUGAAGAUGCCACUUAUGAAUUCCGUGUGUUCGCUAGAAACUCAGCUGGUGCUGUAAGUGCAUCAUCCCAGCCAUCAGAAGCAAUCACGUGCAGAGAUGACAUUGAAGAGCCCAAGCUUGAUGUUGAUGCAUCUUAUAGCAGCAAUGUUGUUGUCAUGGCAGGAGAGGUGUUCACACUGGAGGCCAGUGUGACUGGCAGGCCAAUCCCAUCUCUGGUAUGGACCAAGGAAGGAAAGGAGCUUCAGGAUACAGCCAAGUUAGAAAUAAAGACAUCUGACUUCCACACAACUCUGAAAAACAAAGACUCCCUGAGGAGGGAUGGUGGUGUUUUUACUCUGACUGCCAGCAACCCUGGUGGCUUUGCCAAGUUCACAUACACUGUCAAGGUUCUUGACAGACCUGGACCACCAGACUCACUUACUGUUACUGGCAUUGCUGCUGAGAAAUGUGUUCUCAACUGGCUGCAUCCAACACAUGAUGGCGGUGCCAAGAUUGAGUACUUCAUCAUUCAAAGGCGUGAGACCAGCAGGUUGGCAUGGACAAAUGUUGCCACAGACCUUCAAGCAAACAGGUUCAAGGUCACUAAGCUUUUGAAGGGUAAUGAGUAUGUCUUCAGAGUCAUGGCUGUUAACAAGUAUGGUGUAGGUGAGCCCCUGGAGACUGAACCUGUCAUCUGUGCCAACCCAUAUGUCCCUAGUGACCCUCCACAGCAGCCUGAGGUCACCACCAUUACAAAGGACUCCAUGGUCGUCUGCUGGGAACGCCCUGAACAUGAUGGAGGCAGCAGAAUCAACACCUACAUAAUUGAGAGAAGGGAUAAGACUGGCCUGCGCUGGGUGAAGUGCAACAAGAGGACUGUAACUGACCUGCGAUUCAAGGCCUCUGGCCUCACACCAGGACAUGAGUAUGAAUUCAGAGUCCUUGCAGAGAACAAUGCUGGUCUAAGCCAGCCUAGUCCUUCCAGUCCAUUCUACAAAGCGAUAGACACCAUCUUCCAGCCUGGACCUCCUGGGAACCCCAGAGUGCUGGACACAACCAAGUCCUCCAUCACCCUUGCUUGGAACAAGCCUGUCUAUGAUGGUGGUUCUGAAAUCACUGGCUACAUUGUGGAAACCUGUUUGCCUGAGGAGGAUGAAUGGACAAUUCACACUCCCAAGAAGGGAUGGACAGCCACCUCCUUCACUAUCACCGGUCUGAAGGACAACCAACAGUACAAGAUCAACAUCUGUGCCACUAACUGUGAAGGUGUGGGAGAGCCUGCUGCUGUUCCUGGUACCCCCAAGGCUGAGGACAGGCUUCUUCCUCCAGAAGUUGAACUUGGAGCAGAACUGCGCAAAAUUGUCUGCAUCAGAGCCUGCGGCACACUAAGACUCUUUGUCCCUAUCAAGGGCAGACCAGCACCUGAAGUAAAAUGGUCAAGAGAGCAUGGAGAAUCCCUGGACAAAGCUAACAUUGAAAUCACCCCCUCAUUCACUACUCUUCAGAUAGAGAAUGUUGACAGGUUUGAUGGAGGUAAAUACUUAGUGUCUGUAGAAAAUGCCUCAGGAAGCAAGACAGCCUUUGUUAAUGUCAGGGUGCUAGAUACUCCUGGAGCACCUCAAAACCUGAUCAUCAAGGAGGUCACUAGAGAUUCAGUUUCCCUUGUUUGGGAUGCACCUAUCAUUGAUGGUGGCUCCAGAGUGCGCAACUACAUUGUGGAGAAGCGUGAAUCAACCAGAAAAGCCUACUCAACUGUUUGUGCUCAGUGCCACAAGUCCAGUUGGAAAGUUGGAGACUUGGAGGAAGGAAAGAUGUACUUCUUCAGAAUCCUGGCUGAGAACGAAUAUGGAAUUGGCCUCCCAGUAGAGACUGUUGAACCAAUCAAAGCUUCAGAGAAGCCUCUACCACCAGGAAAAGUGUCCCUCCAUGAAGUCACCAGCACCACUGUUAAAUUAACUUGGGAAAAGCCUGACUAUGAUGGCGGCAGCAGAAUCACAGGCUAUAUUGUUGAGAUGCAGGGUAAAGGGAGUGAGAAGUGGACUGUGGUCAUGGUGGUGAAGACCAAUGAGGCUCUUGUAACUGGCCUUACCCAGGGAGAAGAGUACAUGUUCCGUAUCUCAGCUACCAAUGAAAAGGGAGUUAGUGACCCACGUCCUCUGAGUAUGCCUGUGGUUGCUAAAGACCUGGUCAUCCCACCGGCUUUCAAAUUGGUUUUCAGUACAUUUAGUGCGCUAGCAGGAGACGAUCUGAAGAUAGACGUACCAUACACUGCCUAUCCAAAAGCGACAGUAACUUGGCUCAAAGAUGGUGUUGUUCUCAAGGAGACAACAAGAGUUAAUGCUGAAGCCACAGACAAAAUACUUCACCUGGUCAUUAAGGAGGCUUGCAGAGAUGAUGUCGGUACAUACACUAUCAAACUGACCAACACAGCCGGAGAGGCAUCUACAGACAUCAGUGUUGUUGUUCUAGAUAAGCCUGGUCCUCCAACCGGCCCCAUUAAGCUAGAUGAGGUCACUGCUGACAGUGUGACUCUGUUCUGGAAUCCUCCAGAGUAUGAUGGUGGUUGCGCCAUCAACAAUUACAUUGUUGAAAAGAGAGACACAUCUACCACUAACUGGCAGAUUGUGUCAGCUACAGUGGCCAGAACCACUAUCAAGGCAGCCCGUCUGAAGACUGGAUCUGAGUACCAGUUUAGGAUUGCUGCAGAGAAUAGAUAUGGCAAGUCCUCAGUCCUGCUCUCUGAUUCCAUUGUUGCCCAGUAUCCAUUUGAGGUACCCAGCUCACCACGUUCUGUUGUGGUCCAGUCAGCCACCAAGGAGAGCAUGGUGGUUGUAUGGGAGAAACCAAGCAAUGAUGGUGGAAGCAAGAUCUUGGGCUACCACUUGGAGCUCAAAGAGAGAAACAGUAUACUGUGGGUGAAACAGAACAAACAGCUCAUCCCAGAGACCAGAUUCAAGGUUGUUGGCCUUGAGGAAGGUAUAGAAUAUGAAUUCAGAGUCUAUGCUGAGAACAUUGUCGGCAUCAGUAAAGCCAGCAUAUUGAGUGAAAUGCAAGUGGCCAGAGAUCCUUGUGACAAGCCAGGAAAACCAGAGGCUGUCAUUGUGACCAGAAACCAAGUGACCCUUAGAUGGACCAAACCUGAGUAUGAUGUCGGCAUCAAGAUUACAGGCUAUGUGGUUGAGAAGAAAGAGGGAACUGGCCGCUGGAUGAAGGCCAGUUUCACCAACAUCAUUGAGACUACAUUUGUUGUCACAGGUCUUACUGAAGAUCAGAUAUAUGAGUUCCGUGUCAUUGCCAGAAAUGCAGCAGGUGUAUUUAGCCAGCCUUCUGAUUCUACUGGAGCCAUCACUGCAAAAGAUGAAGUGGAACCACCAAAGAUUGACUUGGAGGCUAAGUAUUCUCAGGUUGUGGUGGUAAAUGCUGGAGAUACAUUCAGGCUUGAGGCUGCUAUCUCUGGCAAACCUGUGCCCACAGUACACUGGAUAAAGGAGGGCAAAGAGAUUGCUGAAGCAGCACGCCUAGAGAUCAAGAACACAGACUUUACUGCCUGUCUAGUUGUUAAAGAAGCCAUCCGUGUUGAUGGAGGCCAGUACACUUUACUAGUAAAAAAUGUUGGAGGAGAGAAAACUGUUAACAUUAAUGUAAAGGUUCUGGACAGACCAGGUCCUCCUGAGGGCCCUAUUUCCAUCUAUGGUGUCACCAGUGAGAAAUGUUCCAUUUCCUGGAAAUCACCCUUGCAAGAUGGAGGUAGCGAUGUUUCCCAUUAUAUUGUGGAGAGGAGGGAAACUAGCAGACUGGUUUGGACUGUAGUUGAAUCCAAAGUUCAGACCCUGAACCUGAAGAUCACCAAACUUCUUCCUGGUAAUGAGUAUAUCUUCAGAGUGAUUCCAGUCAACAAAUAUGGAGUUGGUGAGCCUCUGGAAUCUGAGGCAAUGAUUGCCAAAAAUCCAUUUGUGACUUCUAAGCCACCAACGAAUGUAGAAGUCUCCACCAUCACCAAAGACUCCAUGGUAGUGACCUGGGAAAGACCAAGUAAUGAUGGUGGCAGCCCCAUCCAAGGCUAUAUUAUUGAGAAGCGUGAUAAGGAUGGUGUGAGAUGGACCAGGUGCAACAAGCGUACAGUGAGUGAGAUCCGCUUUAGAGUUACAGGGCUCCUAGAAAACCACAGCUAUGAAUUUAGAGUUGCUGCAGAGAAUGCUGCAGGCAUUGGCACACCUAGCCCACCAACCACGUACUACAAAGCAUUGGAUCCUAUCUUCAAACCAGGCCCACCAAACAAUCCCAAGGUGGUAGAUACAUCAAGGUCCACUGUUUCCCUUACAUGGGGUAAACCCAUCUAUGAUGGAGGCUGUGAGAUUCAGGCCUACAUUGUUGAGGCAUGCGAUGGGGCAUUUGAUGAGUGGUUUAUGUGCACUCCUCCCACUGGAAUCACAAACACCAAGUUUACAGUGAAAAAUCUUCUGGAGAAACAUGAGUACCAAUUCAGGGUGUGUGCUAUUAACAAAGUUGGUGUGGGUGAGCAUGCUGAUGUUACAGGGAAAAUUAUUUUGGAAGAGAAGCUUGAGGCUCCUGAUCUUGAGUUGGAUGCUGAUAUGAGAAAGAUGAUCAACAUUAGAUCUGCAAGCACCCUUAGGCUGUUUGUUCCUGUGAGAGGUCGUCCAGCUCCUGAGCUGAAAUGGGGCAAGGCUGAUGGCGAAAUUAAGGAGACCGCCCAGAUUGACAAUACGGGCAGCUAUGCUUCACUUGUCAUUGAGAAUGUUGACAGAUUUGAUAGUGGCAAGUAUACCCUAACAGCAGAGAAUGCCAGUGGAGUGAAGUCUGUCUUCAUCAGUGUCAGAGUCCUGGACUCACCUAGCCCUCCAGCUAACUUCAUGGUGAAAGAAAUUACCAAGAACUCUGUCACUCUCACAUGGGAGCCUCCACUUCUUGAUGGUGGCUCAAAGAUUAAACAUUACAUUGUUGAGAAGCGUGAAAGCACCAGGAAGGUUUACUCUACCAUCACCACCUGCAACAGGAUGUCAUGGAAAGUUGAACCUCUUCCAGAGAGUGGAAUCUUCUUUUUCAGAGUCCUGGCUGAGAACGAAUAUGGUGUGGGUCUCCCUGCUAAAACCUUUGAACCAGUUAAGAUAUCUGAGAAGCCUCAGCCACCUGGUAAAGUCAGUGUUGUUGACGUUACUAGUAGCACUGUAACCCUCACUUGGGAGAAGCCUGUUCAUGAUGGUGGCAGUAGGAUCAAUCACUAUGAAGUUGAACUGACGCCUAAGGACAGUGAAGCUUGGUCUUUGUGUGCUAGUGGGAAGGGGCUAGAGACAGUGGUGACAAACCUACUCAAGGGAGAAGAGUACCAGUUCAGAGUUGUUGCUGUCAAUGACAAGGGCAAGAGUGACCCCAGACAACUGGUUCAAUCAGUUGUGGCGAAGGACCUUGUGAUUGAGCCUGCUGUUAGACCUAAAGUGAGCACCUACUCUGUCCAGGUGGGCCAUGACCUCAAGAUUGAGGUCCCAGUGGCUGGUCAUCCAAAGCCAACCAUCACCUGGACCAAGGAUGGAGCUGCCCUCAAGCAGACCACCAGAGUCAAUGUCACUGACUCAGCAAAUCUCACCACUCUCACCAUAAAGGAUGCCACCAGAGAGGAUGGAGGCAUGUACAGCAUAAACAUUGCCAAUGCCCUGGGAUCUAAGGAUGCAACUAUUGAAGUGAUCACCCUUGACAAGCCAGGCCCACCAACAGGCCCUGUGAAGUUGGAGGAUAUCUGUGCUGAGAGUAUCACUCUUAGCUGGGAACCUCCUACGUAUACAGGUGGCUGCCCAAUCUCCAACUAUGUGGUGGAGAAGAGAGACACAACCACAACAAAUUGGACAGUCGUGUCUGCCACUGUGGCCAGAACCACACUAAAAGUAGCCAAUCUGAAGACAGGUUCUGAAUACCAAUUCAGAAUCUAUGCUGAGAAUAGAUAUGGAAAGAGUUAUGCAAUUGAUUCAGAGCCUGUUGUGGCUCAGUAUCCAUUCCAGGAGCCUGGACCAUCAGGAACACCAUUUGUGUCUUCAUACACUAAAGAUUACAUGGUGGUUGAGUGGCACAAACCCCCAUCUGAUGGAGGCAGCGCCAUCUUGGGCUACCAUUUGGAGAGGAAAGAGAAGAACAGUAUCCUCUGGACCAAGAUCAACAAAACUCUCAUCCAAGACUGCAGGUUCAAAUCCACUCCUCUUGAGGAAGGCAUUGAGUAUGAGUACAGAGUUUAUGCUGAGAAUAUUGUUGGCAUUGGAAAAUGUAGCAAAGUCUCCGAGGUCUAUGUGGCCCGUGACCCAUGCGAUCCUCCUGGCCGUCCUAAGGCGUUGAUUGUGACCAGGCACUCAGUGACACUGAGGUGGAGUCCCCCAGAGUAUGAUGGUGGAAGCUUAGUUACUGGCUAUGUAGUGGAGAAACGUGACCUCCCUGAAGGAAAGUGGAUGAGGGCCAGCUUUGCAAACAUCCUUGAAUAUGAAUUCACAGUUACUGGCCUGAAAGAAGACAGUAAAUAUGACUUCAGGGUAAUUGCAAGGAAUGCAGCUGGUGCUGUCAGCAAGCCCUCUGAGAGCACAGGAUCCAUCACAGCUAAGGAUGAAGUUGAACCUCCCAAGUGUGAGACAGAUCCUAUGUAUAACCAGACCCUUGUUAUCAAUGCUGGAGAGACGUUCAGUCUGGAGGCCAAUGUAGAAGGAAAGCCCAUCCCCACAAUUCAGUGGUUCAAGGGAGAUGUUGAAGUUGAAAAUUCAGCCAGAGCUGAGAUUAAAAACACAGAUUUUAAGGCUCUGCUCGUUGUGAAGGACGCCAUCAGAGUGGAUGGUGGACAGUACACACUGGUUCUGACUAAUGUGGCUGGAUCUACAACUGUCCCAUUCAGUGUGAAGGUCCUGGACAGACCAGGCCCCUCGCAGGGACCUCUUACUGUCAGCAACGUCACUGAGGAGAAGUGUUCACUGUCAUGGCUGCCACCUAAGCACGAUGGAGGUAGUAGUGUUUCUCACUAUAUCAUCCAGAAGAGAGAAACCAGCCGCCUGGCAUGGACAGUGGUAUCCAGUGACUGUGGAGCUACCAUGUUUAAAGUUACCAAACUGUUGAAGGGUAAUGAGUACAUCUUCCGAGUCAUCGCCAUCAAUAAAUAUGGCGAAGGUGAGCCUCUCGAAUCAGCACCAGUUAUCAUGAGAAAUCCAUUUGUUCCUCCUGGCUCACCUAAAGAGCUUGAGAUCACCAACAUUACCAGGGACUCCAUGACUGUCUGUUGGAACCGCCCUGACACCAAUGGAGGCAGUGAGAUUGUUGGUUACAUUGUUGAAAAGAGAGACAGAGCUGGAGUAAGGUGGACCAAGUCCAACAAACGCAGAGUGACAGACUUGCGUUUCAGAGUAACAGGACUGACCGAGGACCAUGAAUAUGAGUUCAGGGUGUCUGCUGAGAAUGUAGCUGGAGUGGGUCAGCCAAGCCCAGCUACCCCCUACCUCAAAGCCUGUGAUCCCACCUUUGAACCAGGCUGUCCCACCAAUGCCCAUGUGGUCGACACUACCAAAGACUCCAUCACUCUGGCCUGGCACAGGCCUAUUUAUGAUGGUGGUUGUAAUAUUCAAGGCUACGCUGUGGAAAUAACCAAGGCUGAUGAGGAGGAAUGGACGAUAUGCACACCACCAUCUGGAGUAAAUGCCACCAGUUUUACCAUCACUAAGUUGAUUGAACACCAGGAAUACAAAGUGCGCAUCUGUGCCAUAAACAAGCUGGGUGUUGGUGAGCCCACAGAGAUCCAGGGAGUCGUGAAACCUAUUGAUAAGAUUGAUCCUCCAGAGAUGAUUCUGGAUUCAGAGCUCAGGAAGGGAAUAGUUGUCCGUGCAGGAGGCUCAAUGAGAAUCUGCAUUCCAUUCAAAGGCCGUCCUGCUCCUGAGAUUAGCUGGGCCAAAGAGGAUGGAGAAAUGCCUAGUAAGGUUCAGAUCGAGACUGGUGAAGAUUAUACACAGCUCUCCAUUGACAUCUGUGACAAGUAUGAUGCUGGAAAAUAUAUCCUCAACUUGGAAAAUAGCGCUGGCACCAAAUCAGCCUUUGUCUCUGUCAGAGUUCUUGACACUCCAGGUGCCCCUUUGAACCUUAUAGUAAAAGACAUUAAGAGGGAAAGUGUCACUCUGACCUGGGAACCUCCUCUUAUUGAUGGUGGUGCAAGAAUAAAGAAUUACCUGGUUGAAAAGCGUGAGUCCACCAGGAAGGUUUACUCUAAUGUGGACAACAAGUGCACAAAGACAAGUUACCGCAUUACUGGCCUCACUGAGGGAACUAUCUACUAUUUCAGAGUCUUAGCUGAGAAUGAAUUUGGUGUGGGACAGCCAGCUGAGACAGAAGACGCAAUUAAGGCUUCUGAGCCUCCUCUGUCUGUUGGUAAGGUCACUUUGACCGAAGUGACCAAAACCACUGCCUCACUCUCCUGGGAGAAGCCAAUACACGAUGGAGGCAGCAGGAUCAUAGGCUACCACAUUGAGAUGCAGCCUGUGGGUUCAGAGGAAUGGGUGGUGGCCACUACAACCAAAACCUGUGAGGGCACUGUCACAGGUCUAAGCACAGGACAUGAGUACCUUUUUAGAGUGUCAGCUUUCAAUGAAAAGGGUAAAAGUGACCCCAGGGCUCUGGCUGCACCAGUCACUGCUAAAGAUUUGACUAUGGAGCCUAGAUUCAAGAUGUCAUUCAACACUUACAGUUUGCAGCAUGGUGAGGAUCUGAAGAUUGAGAUUCCAGUCUUUGGACGCCCAGUUCCCAAGGUUGAAUGGAAGAAGGAUGGACAGGCUCUUAAGGAGACUACCAGAUUAAAUGUGUCCAGGACACCAUCAUCCACUAAGCUGUUUAUCAAGGAUACCUAUAAGGAGGACUCUGGCAAAUACACCAUCACAGCCACCAGCACCAUUGGAACAGCUACAGAGGAGCUUACUGUUAUUAUUCUUGAUAAGCCUGGCCCACCCACUGGUCCUGUGAAGAUUGAGGAAGUGAGCUCUAAUUAUGUCACUCUAUCCUGGGAACCACCAGAGUAUACUGGAGGCUGUCAAAUCAACAACUACAUUGUGGAGAAGAGAGACACCACUACAACAGCAUGGCAGAUUGUGUCUGCUACUAUUGCCAGGACAACCAUCAAAGUCAGCAAGUUGAAGACUGGAGUUGAAUAUCAGUUCAGAGUGUCUGCGGAGAAUAGAUAUGGAAAGAGUUCUGCUAUUGUGUCUCCUGCUGUCAUUGCUCAGUAUCCAUUCAGUGAGCCUGCUGCCCCAGGAACACCAAUUAUUUCUGCUACAACCAAGGAUAACAUGGUAGUUGAGUGGAAACCUCCCACCAACAAUGGAGGCAGCCCCAUCCUGGGCUAUCAUCUGGAAAGGAAGGAGAAGAACAGCCUCAUGUGGACUAAACUCAACAAACUUCUAAUCCCAGAGGCACGUUUCAAGACCACAGAGCUGGAAGAAGGUAUUGAGUAUGAAUUCAGAGUUUAUGCUGAGAACAUUGCUGGAAUCAGCCCAGCUAGCAAGGUCUCUGAGAGCACAGUAGCCAGGGACCCCUGUGACCCACCAGGGACUCCUGAGGCUAUUGAAAUCACCAGAAACCAUGUGACCCUCCAGUGGACCAGGCCCGAGUAUGAUGGAGGCAGUACAAUCACUGGUUACAUGAUUGAGAUAAGGAAGCACCCAGAUACCCGAUGGAUGAAGGCCAGCUUCACCAACGUCAUUGAUACUCAGUUCACAGUCACUGGUCUGACUGAGGAUUGUGUUUAUGAGUUCAGAAUCAUUGCCAGGAAUGCAGCUGGCAUCUCCAGCCGUCCUUCUCAGAGCACAGGAGAAAUUACUGCCAGAGAUGAAAUUGAGGCUCCAGAAGCCACCAUGGAUUCUAAAUUCAAGGAUCUGACUGUUGUUCAUGCAGGUGAGACAUUUGUCAUUGAUGCUGACUACACUGGCAAGCCAAUGCCUGAGGUCAUUUGGUUGAAGGAUGAAAAGGAGAUUGACAAAGCCACACAAAGAAUGGAGGUCAAGACCACACUUACACGUACCAUCUUGACAGUGAAAGACUGCAUCAGAUUGGAUGGUGGCCACUUUGUCCUCAAACUCGUCAAUGUGGGGGGAGUCAAGAUGAUCCCAAUUAAUGUUAAAGUUCUGGAUAGACCUGGUCCUCCAGAUGGCCCACUAGAGGUCAAAGGGGUCACAGCUGAGAAGUGUUAUCUGCAUUGGAACCAUCCCUCACAUGAUGGUGGAGCCGGCAUCUCUCACUACAUCAUUGAGAGGAGAGAGACCAGUCGCUUGUCAUGGACAAUGGUGGAGCCCAAGAUCCAGGCUAUCAGCUACAAAAUCACAAAACUGCUGCCUGGCAAUGAAUACAUCUUCAGAGUCACUGCUGUGAAUAAAUAUGGUGUUGGUGAGCCACUGGAAUCUGAGCCUGUAAUUGCUCGUAACCCCUUCACCCCUCCCAGUGCCCCCUCCACCCCAGAGGCCGGUGUUAUCACCAGGAACUCCAUUGUGCUCACCUGGGAGAGGCCAGAGGAUAAUGGAGGAGCUGAGAUUGACGGAUAUAUCCUUGAAAAACGUGAUAAGGAUGGCAUCAGAUGGAGUAAGUGCAACAAAAAGAGGCUGAAUGACCUGAGAUUCAGAUGCACUGGUCUCACAGAGGGCCACUCUUAUGAAUUCAGGGUCUCAGCUGAAAAUGCUGGUGGUGUGGGAAAGCCUAGCGCACCAACUCAAUAUAUUAAGGCCUGUGAUGCCACUUACCCACCAGGACCUCCAAAUAACCCCAAAGUCACUGACCAUUCCAGCACCACAGUCUCCCUGUCCUGGUCCAGGCCUAUCUAUGAUGGCGGAGCAGUGAUCAGUGGAUAUGUUGUUGAAAUGAAGGAGGCAGCAGAUGAUGAGUGGGUAACUUGCACACCACCCACUGGUGUCCAGGCAACUCACUACACUGUAAAGAAACUGAAGGAGAAUGCAGAGUACAACUUCCGCAUCUGUGCUGUUAACUGUGAGGGAGUGGGUGAGCAUGUGGACCUGCCUGGGUCUGUUAUUGCUGCUGAGAAGCUGGAGGCUCCUGAAAUUGAACUAGAUGCUGAUCUGAGAAAGAUGGUCAAUGUUCGUGCCACUGCUACCCUGCGUCUGUUUGUCACAAUCAGAGGAAAUCCUGAGCCUGAGGUCAGAUGGUCAAAGGCAGAUGGCACUCUCAAUGAGCGUGCCCAAAUUGAAGUUACAAGCUCAUACACAAUGUUGGUGAUCGAGAAUGUUGACAGAUUCGACACUGGCAAAUAUGUGCUGACCCUUGAGAACCUCAGUGGCUCUAAAUCAGCCUUCAUCAACGUCAGAGUUCUGGACUCCCCCAGCGCUCCUACCAACCUAGAGGUUAAGGAUGUGAAGAGAAGUUCUGUCUCUAUCUCUUGGGAGCCUCCGCUUAUUGAUGGUGGGGCGAAGAUAUCACAUUAUAUUGUGGAAAAGAGAGAGCAGAAGAGAAUGGCUUUCACUAGUGUUUGUACCAACUGUGUGAGGAACUCUUACAUUAUCUCUGACCUGCAGGAGGGAGGCAUGUACUAUUUCCGUGUGCUGGCUGUGAAUGAGCUGGGAGUAGGUCUUCCUGCCACCACAGAUCAAGUCAAAGUUUCUGAGGCUCCUUUGCCUCCUGGUAAGAUUGUAGUGGUUGAUGUGACUCGUCACACUGUCACUCUUUCCUGGGAGAAACCUGACCAUGAUGGAGGCAGCAAGAUCACAAAGUACAUUGUGGAAAUGCAGCCCAAGGGAGAUGACAAAUGGACUGUGUGCAGUGAGGUCAAAGCAUUGGAAGCUACUAUUGAUGGACUCACAACUGGAGAGGAAUACUCAUUUAGGGUGAUUGCUGUGAAUGAUAAGGGCAAGAGUGAUGCCAAGCCUCUAGCUUCCCCUGUAGUGGUGAAGGACAUAACAGUUGAGCCCAUUAUCAAUCUGCUGUUCAACACAUACAGUGUAAAAGCAGGAGAUGACCUGAAGAUUGAUAUUCCCUUCAAAGGCAGACCUCAGCCUGAGGUAGAGUGGAAGAAGGAUGGCCAUGUGCUAAAGCAGACUACCAGGGUCAAUGUUCUCAAUUCCAAGACCUCAUCAAUGGUUUUCAUCAAGGAUGCAACCAGGGAAGAUGUAGGAAAAUAUGAAAUUAUUCUGACUAACACAGUUGGCACCAAGACAGCUGAGAUCUCUGUUAUAGUCCUGGACAAACCUGGCCCACCCAGCAACAUCAAGGUGGAUGAAGUGAGCGCUGACUUCAUCUCUCUGUCUUGGGACCCUCCAACCUAUGAUGGUGGAUGCCAGAUAAACAACUAUGUGGUGGAGAAGAGAGACACUACUACAACCACAUGGCACAUUGUCUCAGCCACAGUCGCCAGAUCAUCAAUUAAGGUGUCUCGUCUUAAUCAGGGAACAGAGUACCAGUUCCGUAUUGCAGCUGAGAACCGUUAUGGCAAGAGUCAUGCUAUUGACUCUUCACCCAUUGUUGCUCAGUAUCCCUUCGAGCCUCCAAGCGCCCCAACCAACCUCCAGGUUGCCCAUGCCACCAAGUCUGGAAUGCUCGUGGAGUGGGGAAAACCAGCCAGUGAUGGUGGAAGCCCUGUGAUAGGUUAUCAUAUUGAGUGCAAGGAGCAAAGCAGCAUCCUAUGGACCAAAGUCAACAGAGGUCUUCUGGCUGAGAACCAUUUUAAGAUGACAGGUAUUGAAGAAGGCCUGCUAUAUCAGUUCAGAGUCUAUGCUGAGAAUAUGGCUGGCAUUGGACCAUGCACUAAGGCCAGUGACCCUGUUGCAGCAAGGGAUCCAUGUGAUCCUCCACGUAACAUUAGAGUCACCAACAUUACAAGGACAUCAGUUUCCCUCUUCUGGGAGAGGCCAGAGUAUGAUGGUGGAGCCAAGGUCACAGGCUACAUUGUUGAACGUAAAGAACUUCCCAAUGGCCGCUGGCUGAAAUGCAACUUCACCAACCUGCAGGACACCUACUUUGAUGUCACAGGCCUCACAGAGGAUGUCCAAUAUGAUUUCCAUGUCAUCGCUAAGAAUUCUGCUGAGCUGUUGAGUGUUCCUUCAGAGAGCACUGGACCUGUCACAGUCAAAGAUGAUGUAGACCCCCCCACUAUUAUCCUAGAGGAUAAGUUGAGACAGCUGGUUGUCAUUAAAGCAGGAGACAUCAUUAGAAUUGAUGCUGAAAUCACAGGCCGUCCACUGCCCGUGGUCUCAUGGUCUAAGGACGGAAAGGAUAUUGAGGCCAAGGCCAGGUGUGAAAUAAUUUCCACCCACUUCACAACCACACUGAUUGUCAGAGAUGCUAUCAGGAGGGACUCUGGCCAGUAUGUUCUGACCCUGCACAAUGUAGCAGGAACCAGGUCUGUGGCUAUCAACUGUAAGGUUCUGGACAGGCCUGGACCUGCUUCAGGACCUUUGGCAGUGUCUGGCCUCACAGCAGAGAAAUGCACCAUAACCUGGGGACCCCCUCAGGAGAAUGGUGGUGCUGAAAUCAUGCACUACAUUGUGGAGAAGCGUGAGACCAGUCGCCUAGCCUGGACUCUUGUCUAUGGUGACAUGAAGGCCACCACCUGUAAAGUCACAAAGCUGCUCAAAGGAAAUGAAUACAUCUUCAGAGUCAGGGGAGUCAACAAAUAUGGGGAUGGUGAGGCCCUGGAGAGUGAGCCAACAACGGCCACAGAUCCAUUCACUGUCCCUGCUGCUCCGACCAAUGUCCAGGUCACAGCAGUUACAAGUGAGGCAAUGACCAUCUGUUGGGAGAGACCAGUUUCUGAUGGUGGCAGCAGUAUUGCUAGUUAUGUAAUUGAAAAGAGAGAGAAGACCGGCCUUCGCUGGUGUCGUGUAAACAAGAAACCUGUUUAUGACCUCAGAGUCAAAGCCUCACACCUUCGUGAGGGUGCUGAAUAUGAGUACAGAGUGUUUGCAGAGAAUGCUGCUGGCCUCAGUGCUCCUAGCAUUCCCUGCCCACUCACCAAGGCUGAAGAUCCACAGUUCCUGCCUUCACCUCCUGCUAAGCCGAAGAUCAUCGACUCUACAAAGACCACAGUCACCCUCUCAUGGAAUAAACCACUCUUUGAUGGUGGAGCACCUGUGACUGGUUACAGAGUAGAAUACAGAAAGGUCUUAGAUGAUGAAUGGAUUGUUGGGGUCCAUAACACCAAGAACACAGAGUUUACAGUGGUGGGAUUGACCCCUGGGGCUGAAUAUGUGUUUGUUAUCAAGUCUAUCAACAAGAUUGGAGUUAGUGAGCCUAGUGCUGAGUCAGACAAUCAGGUGGCCAAAGAAAGAGAGGAGGAGCCAGUGUUUGACAUUAGCAAUGAAAUGAGGAAAACUCUUAUUGUGAAAGAUGGUAGUUCAUUCACCAUGACUGUGCCCUUCAGAGGCAAACCCAUCCCCAGUGUGGCGUGGACAAAGCCUGAUGUUGACUUAAGAGUCCGUGCUGUCAUUGACACCACAGACACCUUCACUUCCAUCACCUUAGAGAAAGCCAACCGCGAUGACUCUGGCAAAUACACUGUCACUUUGUCCAGUGUGGCUGGAACCUCAUCCUUGACCCUCAAUGUCAGAGUCCUAGACUCCCCCGGGCCUCCUGCCCAUGUGGACGUUAAGGAAGUGACCAAGACUUCUGCUACUGUGCACUGGGACACUCCUGAGAAUGAGGGCGGAGGACCAGUGAAGAACUACUUGGUUGAUAUCCGUGAAGCCAGCAAGAAAGGUUGGACCAGGUUGACUGACACAUGCCACAGACUGACAUACAAGGUGUCAGACCUUCAAGAGGGAGGAGUUUACUACUUCAGGGUGACAGGCGAGAAUGAGUAUGGUAUUGGUGUUCCUGCUGAGACCAAGGAUGGAACCAAGAUCACAGAAAAACCAAGCCCACCACCCAAGUUGGGUGUGACUGAUGUGACCAAGGAGAGUGUGUCCCUGGCCUGGGCCAAACCAGAACAAGAUGGCGGCAGCAGAAUUACUGGCUACCUGGUGGAAGCUUUGGAGAAAGGCCAGGAGAAGUGGGUCAAGUGUGGUGUAACCAAGUCCAUCCACUUUACAGUGUCUGGUCUAAGGGAGAAUGCUGAGUACUUCUUCAGAGUCAGAGCUGAGAACCAUGCUGGAUAUAGUGACAUUAAGGAAAUGGUCAACCCUGUGUUGGUCAAAGACCAGCUUGAAUCUCCUGAGAUCAACAUGAAGGGUUUCCCCCACAACACAGUAUAUGUCAGAGCUGGCUCUACCCUGAAGUGUGAGAUCCCACUUACAGGCCGGCCAUUGCCUAAGGUGUCCCUGUCCAAGGAUAAUGUGUUGCUCAAGUCAACAAUGAGGUUCAACUCUGAAGUCACUCCUGACAGUAUCAAGAUCACUUUGCGUGAGAGCAUCGCUAAAGACUCAGGACGCUACGAUAUCACUGCCUCCAACUCUAGUGGCACCACAAAGUCAUUUUUAAAUAUUGUGGUUCUGGACUGCCCCAGCGUUCCUCAAGGACCUGUGGAGCUGUAUGACAUCACAGAGGACAGUGUCAGCCUGAAGUGGCUCCCACCAGCAUACGAUGGUGGCAGCCCCAUCACCAACUACAUCGUCCAGAAGAGAGAGACAACCACAGCCAACUGGAUGGAUGUCUCCUCUGCUGUGGCCCGCUGUACAAUGAAGAUCAUGAAGCUGACCACUGGCCUGGAGUACCAGUUCAGAAUCAGAGCUGAGAACAGAUAUGGAAUCAGUGAGCAUAUUGACUCACCAACUGUCACUGUUAGCCUUCCUUACACUAUCCCCGAUGAGCCAGCAGCUCCAGAGAUCACUGCUGUAACCAGGGAAACCAUUACUGUUGCAUGGAAGGAGCCCAAGUCAGAUGGUGGCAGCCAUGUGUUUGGCUACCAUCUCCAGAUGAAAGACAGGAAUAGCAUUCUGUGGCAGAGAGUCAACAAAAUGGUGAUCCGUGCUACACACUUUAAGGUCACCAACAUCAACGCUGGACUUAUUUAUGAGUUCAAGGUGGCAGCAGAGAACGCUGCAGGAAUCAGUGCCUUCAGCAAGGUUUCUGAUGCAGUGCUGGCUAUUGACGCCUGUGAGCCACCCAUUAACUUGCGCAUCAGUGACAUCACCAAGAACUCCAUUAGCCUGGCCUGGCAGAAGCCCAACUUUGAUGGUGGAUCCCCGAUCGUAGGCUAUAUGAUUGAAAAGAGAGAGGGUGACAGUGGCAAGUGGUCCAAGGCUAACCUCACCAACAUCACCGACACCCGCUUCACUGUGACUGGCCUGACCCAGGAUGAGACAUAUGAGUUCAGAGUAAUGGCCAAGAAUGCUGUUGGCUCAGUGAGCAACCCAUCCGUGACCGCUGGACCAGCCACAUGUGUAGACACCUAUGGUGCCCCAGAGAUUGAAAUCCCUCAGGAGUAUCUCAACGAGGUCAAGCACAAGGCUGGUUCCAAUGUGGAACUCAAGUUUAACAUCACUGCCAAACCUGCUCCCACUAUUGAGUGGUUCAAGGAUGGAAAAGAGCUGAAGACCAGUGGCCAGCUGUCCUUCAAACACACAUUUGAGUCCACCAGUUUGUUCCUGAGGGAAACCACGCGUCUGAACUCUGGAACCUAUGAAGUGAAGGUGAAGAACUCCCUGGGAUCGACCUGUGGCAUUGUCAGACUGCUCAUCCAAGACAAACCAGGCCCCCCUGCUGGAGAAAUUCAGUUUAAGAAGGUGACGGCUGACAACAUCACCAUCAUGUGGUCACCGCCCGCUGAUGAGGGUGGCGCCAUGGUAACCCAUUAUAUUGUGGAAAAGAGAGAGACCAGCAGGGUCAUGUGGUCCAUUGUCUCAGAGAAACUGGUUGAUUGCAUCGUUAACGUGCCCAGACUCAUCCAGGGCAAUGAGUACAUCUUCAGAGUGCGUGGCAUCAACAAGUAUGGCAUCGGAGACCCACUGGAGUCUGAGCCCAUCAUUGCCAAGAAUGCUUUUGUUCCUCCCAGUGAGCCAUCCAAGCCUCAAGUCGCCAUGAUCACCAAGUCCACCAUGACAGUGAUCUGGGAAAGACCAGCACUGGAUGGAGGUAGUGACAUUGACGGCUACUACCUGGAGAAGAGGGAGAAGAAAAGUCUACAGUGGUUCAAGGUGGUGAAGGGCACUAUCAGAGACACCAGACAGAAAGUCACCAACCUUGUAGAGAACAAUGAAUACCAGUACAGAGUCUGUGCCGUCAACAAGGCUGGAGCAGGAAACUACUCUGAAGCCUCUGAUCUCUUCAAAGCCUACGACCCUAUUGAUCUGCCUGGUGAGCCAUCCAAACUGCAUGUGGUUGACUCCUCAAAGACCUCAAUCACCCUCAGCUGGGAGAAGCCCGUCUAUGAUGGUGGCAGUGAGAUCACACACUACAUUUUGGACCAGAUGAACUCAGAGGAAAGAGAAUGGGUGACCAUCAACCCGGAGGUCAAAACCUGCGAGUAUGUGGUGUCAUACCUCAAACCUGGAAAUUACUACUUCUUCAGAGUCUUUGCUGUCAACUGCAAGGGCAAAGGAGAAGACAUCAAAAUGUACCAGCCAGUGCAAGCCAAAGAUAUCUUGGAGGAGGCUGAUUUGGACUUGGACGUUCCCAUGACGACCCAGUACACAGCCAGGGCUGGCCGUGAUGUGGAGGUGUUUAUUCCCCUGAAGGGGCGCCCCACACCCAAUGUCACCUGGCGCCGUGGCGACCGUAACAUAGCCGGUGACAACCGCUACACAAUCACCAGUAAUGAGCGUGCCACCACUCUCCUCAUCCCCAAGGUCACCCGUGAUGACUGUGGCAAAUACUUGCUGGAGAUUGAGAAUGGUGUAGGAGAACCCAAGAUUAUCACAGUUUCCUUGAAGGUUCUGGACAGUCCUUCUACCUGCCAGAAACUCAUGAUCAAGAAUGUGACAAGAGGAAAGUUGACACUCAGCUGGGAGGCUCCUCUCAUUGAAGGUGGUUCCCCUGUUACUAAAUACAUUGUUGAGAAAAAGGCCUCCACCAUGAAAGCUUACCAAGUGAUUUCUGAUGAGUGUGUCAACACAACUUACAAGGUAUCAGGCCUGGAGGAGAAUGUGGCUUACUUCUUCCGUGUAUCUGCUGAAAACGAGUAUGGUGUGGGCGACACCUGUGAGACCAGUGAGCCUGUCAGAGCCACGGAGACUCCUGGAGCUGUUAAAAACCUGGUGAUGGUUGACUCCACAAAGACCUCUGUUACUCUGCAGUGGACCAGACCUGACCAUGAUGGUGGCAGCCACAUCUCUGACUACAUAAUUGAAAAGAGAACCACGGAAGAACAAACCUGGACUUUGGGUGCAACAUGCAAAAGGUGCAGUUGUGAGGUAACAGGACUCAAGGAGAACACUGAAGUGGAAUUCAGAGUGUUCGCCAAGAAUGAGAAAGGCAACAGUGACUUCUCUCAGAUUGGUCCAAUUACAGUGAUGGACUUCAUCAUUCCACCUGAGGCAAGCCUCAGUGACUACCCCAGUGGAGAGCUGGCUGUUCGUAUUGGUCAGAACAUCCACAUUGAGCUGCCCUUCAAAGGUAAACCAAGGCCUGCAAUCAGCUGGCUAAAGGACAACUUGCCUUUGAAGGAGAGUGAGAAGAUUCGCUUCAGGACCACUGACAACAAGACAGCAGUCACAGUCAGAGGAGCCAUGAAGGAGCAUGCCGGGCAGUACACCUUGGUUCUGGACAAUAGAGUCAUCAAGAACUACUUUGACAUUAAUGUUGUGACUCUGGGAGCCCCCUCUGUGCCUGUUGGUCCCAUCCGCUUUGAUGAGAUUAAAGCCCAGAGUAUUAUCAUCUCCUGGGAUGAGCCCAAGGAGAAUGGAGGUGGUGAGAUCACCUGCUACAGCGUAGAGAAGCGUGAGACCUCCCACGCCAACUGGAAGAUGGUCUGCUCCAGUGUUGUCAGGACCACCUUUAAGAUUCCCAACCUAGUAAUGGGAUCAGAGUACCAGUUCAGAGUCCGUGCAGAGAACAAGUACGGAGUCAGUGAAGCACUCAACUCUUCUGACAUUGUUGCCCAACACCAGUUCAAACCUCCAGGCUCUCCAGGAAAGCCUGUGGCCUACAACAUCACCAGCGAUGGUAUGACCAUCAAGUGGGAGGCUCCAGACUUUGAUGGAGGAUCUCCCAUUCUGGGCUACCAUGUAGAAAAGAAGGACAGGAACAGUCUCCUGUGGCAGAAAGUGAACACCAUCAUCAUCUCCAACAGAGAAUACAGGAUCAUUGGUCUUAUUGAGGGUCUGGAGUACUCCUUCAGAGUCUAUGCUGAGAACAACGCUGGACUUAGCCAUGUUAGCGAACAGAGCAAGCAUGUUCUCGCUAUCUCCCCUGUUGACCCACCUGGCAACCCUGUCUGCAUUGAUGUGACCAGAGACUCCGUCACCUUAAAAUGGGACAUCCCCAAGAGGGAUGGAGGCAGCAAGAUUGUGGCCUAUAGCAUUGAGAGGCGCCAAGGCAGAGGCAAAUGGCUGCGGUGCAAUUUCACUGAUGUCAGCGAGACCCAGUUUACUGUGACUGGUCUGUCCCCUGGAGACAGAUUUGAGUUCAGGGUCAUCGCUAGGAAUGCUGUGGGCACAGUCAGUCCACCAUCUAAUUCCUCUGGAUACAUUAUGACUAAGGAUGAGAGCAUUGCUCCUGAGAUCGAGUGGUCUCCAGACCAGGUCCUCUCCCUGAGGGCCGGAGAGAACGUCAAGCUCAACUGCAAAAUUACCGGACGUCCCGUCCCCCAGGUUGUUUGGUACAAGGAUGGCAAAGAGAUUGACAAGAGGACCAUGAUUGACAUUGAGAUUACCACUGGCAUUGGCACUAGCAGUGUGUUUAUCCGUGAUGCCGACAGGAACCACCGCGGCAUCUACACGGUUGAGGCAAGGAACAGCUCUGGUGCCACGAAAGCUGAUGCCAAUGUUAGAGUACAAGAUACCCCCGGGCCUGUUGAAGGUCCCAUUCGUUUCACCGGCAUCACAGCUGAGAAGUGCACCGUGUGGUGGAACCCUCCUGAAAAUGAUGGCUGUUCUGCCAUCACCCACUAUGUUGUGGAGAAGAGGGAGACAUCCAGGAUUUCCUGGGCCAUGGUCAACUCCAAGUGCGAAGCCUGCUCUUUCAACGCCACCAACCUUAUCAAGGGCAAUGAGUACCAGUUCAGAAUCUCUGCUGUCAACAAGUUUGGAGUUGGCAAACCCCUGGACUCCAUUCCUAUCAUUGCACAGAUGCAAUACACUGUGCCUGAUGCCCCUGGUACCCCCGAUGCCACCCAUGUGACUGGAAACAGCAUCACCCUGUGCUGGACCAGGCCAAGGUCAGAUGGAGGCAACGAGAUCAAACAUUACAUCCUGGAGAGAAGAGAGAAGAAGAGUCUGCGCUGGUUGAAGGUUUCUGCUAAGAGGCCCAUCACAGAGCUGAGGCACCGUGUCACCAAGCUCACUGAGGGCUAUGAGUACGAGUUCCGCGUCAUGGCUGAAAAUGGUGCUGGUGUUGGACCGGCCAGCAGCACCUCCAGGCUCUUCAAAUGCAGAGAGCCAACCAGUUCUCCCAGUGCCCCCUCAAUGAUCAAGGUGAUUGACUCUACCAAAUCUUCAAUCACCUUGGAAUGGACCAAGCCAGUCUUCGAUGGUGGCAUGGAGAUCAUUGGCUACAAUAUUGACAUGUGCAAGGCCAGCCUCGAAGAGUGGCACAGAGUUAACAGCCAGAUUUGCAUCCACAGCAGAUACACUGCCAAGGGCCUGGUGCCUGGAGAGCUCUACAAGUUCAGGGUUAGCGCAGUGAAUGGAUCUGGUGAGGGUGAGGCCUCUGUAAUGCCUAAUGCUGUCCAGGCUCUGGACAGACUUACAUCUCCUGAGAUCGACAUUGAUGCCAACUUCAAGCAGACUCACAUCGUGAAGAACGGUGGCACUGUUACCCUCCACAUUGCCUUCCGCGGCAAACCAGCUCCUCUUGCCACCUGGACGAAGGUAGACAGUGAGCUACCUGUCAUGGCCGACGUCAACACCACAGAUUCCUUCUCUACUCUGACCAUCGAGAACUGCACACGGUAUGAGGCCGGUAAAUACACCCUUUCCCUGGAGAACAACAGUGGGCACAAGUCCAUCACAUUCACCGUCAAAGUGCUGGACACGCCUGGACCUCCAGGAGCCAUCACCUUCAAAGAUGUUACCCGUGGAGCCUUGACAAUGAUGUGGGAUGCACCCACCAAUGAUGGCGGAUCACGAAUCCAACACUACAUCUUGGACAAACGCGAGGCCAGCCGCCUGGCCUGGCAGGAGGUCAGCACCAAGUGCUCUCGCCAGAUGAUCAGAAUAACUGGUCUGGAAAUUGGUAUGCCAUAUCUGUUCAGAGUGAUUGCUGUUAACCAGUAUGGCCAGGGAGAGCCUCACGAGAUGACGGAGCCCAUCAUUGCCACAGAAGAACCCGCACCACCAAAGAGACUAGAUGUUGUCGACACCACCAACUCCACAGCCUCCCUGGUGUGGUUGAAGCCUGAGCAUGAUGGAGGCAGCCGCAUCAGAGGCUACAUUGUUGAAUUCAGAGCCAAAGGCACCGACUGCUGGAUUGUCAGCGGAGAAACCAAGUCUCAAAAGAUGGUGGUGGAGGGUCUGAUCAUGAACACAGAGUACGACUUCAGAGUCAAGGCCAAGAAUGAUGCUGGAAUCAGUGAGCCACAGGGCACCUUCAGCUCUGUGGUCAUCAGGGAGCCUCGCAUUGAGCCCACGGCCGACCUCAGCAACAUCACCAACCAGCUCAUCACCUGCAAGAUCUCAAACACCUUCACCAUUGAUAUCCCCAUCAGUGGCAGGCCUGCUCCCAAAGUCACCUGGAAGUUGGAGGAGAUGAAGCUGAAGGAGAGUGACAGAGUCUCCAUCAAGACCACGAAGGAGAGAACCACUCUAGUGGUGAAAGACAGCAAGAGAAGUGACAGCGGCAAGUACUACCUGACCCUGGAGAAUGCUGCUGGGGUGAAGACAUUCACAGUGAGUGUGGUUGUGGUAGGUAGACCAAGCCCUCCCACUGGCCCUGUGGAAAUUUCUGGAGUCUCUUCAGAGUCCUGCACCCUGUCCUGGUCUGAGCCAGCUGAUGACGGCGGCACUGACAUCACCAACUACAUUGUGGAAAAACGAGAGUCUGGCACUGCCUCCUGGCAAGUAGUCAACUCCAGUGUGAAGAGAACCACCAUCAAAGUUACCCAUCUUACCAAGUAUAUGGAGUACACCUUCAGAGUGUGUGCUGAAAACAAGUUUGGUGUCAGCAAGUCUAUCGAGUCCACUCCUGUUGUCAUUGAACAUCCGUUUGUUCCUCCAAGUCCUGUGACUCGCCCAGACGUGGUAUCCGUGUCCGCUAGCGCCAUCAGCAUCAAAUGGGACGUGCCAUAUGCCGAUGGUGGCAGCAAGGUGACAGGCUACUGGAUUGAGAAGAAGGAGAGGAACACGAUCCUGUGGGUGAGGGAGAACAAGCUGCCCUGCCUGGAGUGCCACUACAAGGUGUCCAGCCUGAUCGAGGGCCUGGAGUACCAGUUCAGAGUGUACGCCAUGAACCUCGCUGGACUCAGCAAGGCCAGCGAAGCCUCUAGACCCGUGCUGGCGCUCAACCCUGUUGAUCCUCCUGGUAAACCUGAGGUGACAGACAUCACCCGCUCCUCUGUGUCCUUGUGCUGGACUGUGCCUUUCAACGACGGCGGCAGCAAGAUUGUCGGUUAUGUUGUGGAAAGGAAAGUCUACAGUGCUGAUGAGUGGGAUGACAACCGCUGGCUGAAGUGCAACUACACCACAAUAUCAGAGAACUACUUCACCGUCACCAACCUGGGAGAAGGAGACACCUUAGAGUACCGUGUCAUCGCCAAGAAUGCUGCUGGUGUUCAUAGUACACCAUCCGAGACCACUGGACCAGUCACAUGCAAAGAUGAAUACACUCCUCCCAAAGCAGAAUUGGACAGCAAACUGACAACCGAGGUUGUCAUUGUCACUGCUGGCUCUGACCUCGUCCUGGAUGGUGCUGUGGGUGGUAAACCUGAGCCCACGGUGUACUGGUCGAAGGGUGAGAAGAUUCUGGAACUCGGAGAGAAAUACUCACUGACCUUCACCGCUACCAGAGCCAUGGUUGUCAUCAAGAACUGCGACAGAUACGACACAGGCAGAUACAUCCUGACAGUCAAGAAUGCCAGCGGAGUCAAGACAGCCUCCGUGAAUGUUAAAGUUCUGGACACUCCUGGGGCACCGGCUGAUAAGAUCAUGAUCAGCAGAGUGACGGAGGAGAAGUGUACCGUGUCCUGGAAGAUCCCUCUGGAGGACGGUGGAGACAUCGUCUCCCACUACAUUGUGGAGCGCCGUGAGACCAGCCGCCUCAACUGGGUCAUCAUGGAGACCGAGUGCAAGACGCUGUCAUGUGUCAGCACCAGGCUGAUCAAGAACAACGAGUACAUCUUCAGAGUCCGAGGAGUCAACAAGUUUGGACCCGGAGUUCCUCUGGAGUCUGACCCUGUCAUUGCCAGAAAUGCCUACACAUUCCCAUCCCAGCCGGGCACACCAGAGGCCACAGCAGUGGGUAAGGAACACGUCAUCAUUGAGUGGCUGAAGCCCGAGAGCGACGGAGGCAGUGAAAUCCAAAACUACAUCGUAGACAAACGAGAGAAGAGCAGCACCAGGUGGACUCGGGUGAAUAGGACCUAUACCAUCUAUGACACCCGUCUGAAGAUCACGGGUCUGCUGGAGGGAAGUGAAUACCAGUUCAGAGUGACAGCUGUCAAUAGAGCUGGAGACAGCCAGCCGAGCGACGCCUCACCAUACAUCCUCUGCAAAGACCCCACAUACACCCCAGCUCCUCCAUCGAUACCUCACAUCACAGACACCACUAAGCACAGCAUCAGCAUGACCUGGACCAGGCCUAUGUAUGAUGGCGGCUCAGAUGUCACUGGCUACGUUGUGGAUAUCCUGGAGGAGGGCACCGAGCAGUGGUACCGAGCCACCUCCAAGGCUCUCAAGACCAACGAGUAUGUGGCCGCUGGCCUGACAGCCAAUAAGAAGUACCGAUUCAGGGUGGCCGCUAUCAACAAUAAUGGGACUGGAGAGUUCAGUGAACCAAGCGCUGAAUUCGAGCCGCUGGAGAGAAUUGAAAUUCCUGACCUGGAACUGGCUGAUGACCUAAAGAAGACUGUGUGUCUGCGUGCUGGAGGAACCCUGCGGCUGUUCGUGUCUGUCACCGGCCGACCACUACCUGUGGUGACCUGGAGGAAGAAAGGUGUGGAGCUGCAGAGCCGUGGCUAUAUUGAGACCACCGACAGCUACACCUUGCUGAUGGUUGAGAAGGUUGACCGCUACGAUUCUGGAAAAUACGUUGUGGAGGCAGAGAACCCGUCAGGCAAGAAGACUGCCACCAUCCUGGUUAAAGUCUACGACACUCCUGGUCCUCCAGGUUCUGUGAAGGUGAAAGACUACACCAAGGAGUCUGUUGUCAUCACCUGGGAUGUCCCAAGUGUUGAUGGUGGUGCUCAUGUCAGCAACUACAUCGUAGAGAAGCGCGAAGCCAACAUGAAGUCAUACAAAACUGUCACAACUGAGUGCAGGAAGACUCUGUUCAGGAUCACUGGUCUGGAGGAGGGCAUGCACUACUUCUUCAGAGUCCUGCCAGAGAACAUUUACGGUGUUGGCGAGCCCUGUGAGACAUCUGAGGCCGUGCUGGUGUGCGAGGUGCCAUCAGUGCCAAUGAGCCUUCGGAUCGUUGAUGUCACCAAGUCCUCGGUCACACUGCACUGGGAAAAGCCAUUGUACGAUGGCGGCAGUAGGCUUAAUGGCUAUGUCAUAGAGGCCUGCAAGGUGGGUACAGACAGGUGGAGCACCGUGGCCACUGUCAAGGCCUCUGUUUCCCAGCACACUAUCGAGUCCUUGGCAGAGAAAGACCAGUACCUGUUCAGGAUCCGAGCCACCAACAGCAGGGGAGCCAGUGAGCCCAUGGACACCGUCACUCCUGUCACCAUUCAGGAGAUCACAGUGAUGCCCAAGAUCGACAUUACCAGCAUCCCUCAGAAGAUCAUCCAUGUGCACCGUGGCAAACCCAUCGACCUCAACAUCCCCAUCAAGGCUCGACCACAGCCUGUCUGCUCUUGGUUCUUUGGCGGCGUCAAGCUGAAAGACAGCUUGGACCGCAUCAAGAUUGACAGCAAUGGCAAAUACACCCAUCUUGUCAUCCGUGAGACCACCAUCAAUGACACAGGAGACUACACGCUGGAGGUGAAGAACGCAAUUGGCACAGCAACCGAGGUCAUCAAAGUCAUCAUUCUCGACAAACCAGGUAUCCCAGUCGGUCCAAUGAGGAUCGACGAGGUUGACGGCGUGUCUGUGACAACCAGCUGGGAACCUCCAGAGAAGGAUGGAGGUGCCAACAUCGGCGGCUAUGUGGUGGAACAGCGCGAUGCCCACCACCCCGGCUGGACCAUCAUCUCAGAGUCAGUGACACGGCCCUGCUUCAAGUUCACCAGACUCACAGAGGGAACCGAGUAUGUGUUCCGCGUUGCUGCCAUGAACCGCUUUGGCGUCGGUGGCUUCCUGCAGUCCGAGGUGGUGGAGUGCAAGAGUGCCAAGACCAUCCCUGGACCUCCAAGCAGGCCAGAGGUGAUUGACGUCACCCACGAAGGCAUGACCCUGACCUGGCAGCCACCCGAGGACAACGGUGGCUCCACUAUUUCCGGCUACAUCAUCGAGCGUAAGGAGGCUCGUUCUGACAGGUGGCUGAAGAUCAACAAGAACCCCGUCACCAUGACCAGGUACCGCUCCUCUGGCCUGAUUGAGGGCCUGGAGUAUGAAUACCGCAUCACUGCCAUCAACUCCAGGGGAGACGGCAAACCUAGUGAGAGCUCUGCCAUCACUGUUGCCAUGGAUCCCAUCGAGCCUCCAGGUCCUCCAGUUCAACCCAAAGUCACAGACAGCACCAGGACUUCGGUGUCUCUGGCCUGGCUGCCUCCUGAGGAGGAAGGUGGCUCGAUCAUCACUGGUUACCUGAUCGAGAUGCAGAAGGUGGAUCAAGUGGAGUGGACCCUGUGUAAUACUACACCCACCAAGAUGUGCGAGUACACCCUCACACACAUGCCCCAGGGCGCUGAGUACAAGUUCAGAGUCAUCGCUUGCAAUGCUGGCGGUGCUGGAGAGCCAGCUGAGAUUCCUGGAGUGGUUAAAGUCCAGGAGAUGCUCGAUUAUCCUGAUUACGAGCUUGAUCCUAAGUAUGAGGAUGGCUACGUGGUGCGGCAAGGUGGAGUCAUCUGCCUGUCUGUGCCAAUCAAGGGUAAACCCAUUCCUACAUGUAAGUGGACCAAGGAUGGCCAUGACAUCUCCCACCGGGCCAUGAUCGCCACCCAUGAUGACAUCACUGAGCUGGUCAUCAAAGAGGCACACAAAGAUGACACUGGUACCUACGACCUGGUGCUGGAGAACAAAUGUGGCAGGAAGGCCGUCUACAUCAAGGUGAAGGUGAUCGGUCGUCCCGAUGCCCCAGAAGGCCCUCUGGAGUUUGAUGACAUUCAGGCUAGAUCAGUCCGGGUCAGCUGGAGACCCCCAUCAGAUGAUGGUGGCGCCGACAUCCAGGGAUACAUCAUAGAGAGGCGGGAAGUCCCCAAGGCUGCCUGGUACACAGUGAAUGCCCGGGUCACAGAGAAUUCCCUGGUGGUGAAGGGCCUGAAGGAGAAUGUGCAGUACCAUUUCAGGGUCUUUGCUGAGAACCAGUUCGGCAUUAGCAGAUCUCUUAAGUCUGAAGAGUCUGUCACACCAAAGACACCACUAUGCCCACCAGAACCUCCCAGCAACCCACCAGAGAUCAUGGACGUGUCCAAGUCCUCUGUGUCUCUGUCCUGGGCCCGGCCCCGGGAUGACGGAGGCUCACGCAUCACAGGAUACUACGUGGAGAGGAGGGAGAUGUCAACAGAAAAGUGGGUCCGCCACAACAAGACCCACAUCACCACCACCAUGUACAAUCUCACCGGCCUCAUCCCCGAUGCAGAGUACGUGUUCAGAGUCGUGGCUCAGAAUGACAUUGGACAGAGCGAGCCUGGUCCCGCUUCAGAACCUGUGGUCUGCAAAGAUCCAUUUGACAAACCUAGCCAACCAGGAGAGAUUGACAUCAUUUCUGUCACCAAAGACUGUAUUACCAUCCACUGGCUCCGGCCUGAGCAAGAUGGCGGCAAGGAGAUCCUGGGGUACUGGAUUGAGUUCAGGCAGGCUGGAGAAAGUACUUGGAAGAAAUGCAACAAGGAGCGCUCCAAGGAUCGUCAGUUCACCAUGGGUGGCCUCAUGGAAGCCACAGAGUAUGAGUUCAGAAUCUUUGCUGAGAAUGAAACAGGACUCAGCAGACCUCGCCGCACGCCCAUGGGCAUCAAGACCAAACUGAGUGUUGGUGAGGCCCCAGCUUUGAAGGAAGAGAUUCAGGACGUAACCACCAAGCUUGGCGAGUCCGGCACUCUGACGUGCGGCAUCAUCGGCAGACCUCUGCCAGAGAUCAAGUGGUACCGCUAUGGCAAGGAGCUGAUCCAGAGCCGCAAGUACAAGAUGAGCUCAGAUGGCCGCAACCACUCCCUCAGCAUCCUGACAGACGAGCAGGAAGAUGAGGGCCUGUAUACCUGUAGGGCCAUCAAUGAGGCUGGAGAGAUUGAGACCAGUGGCAAACUGCGCCUACAGGCAGCACCCCAGUUCCACCCUGGCUUCCCACUGAAGGAGAAGUACUUUGCCGGUGCUGGCACCAGCCUCCGCCUUCAUGUCGUCUACAUUGGCCGCCCCAUCCCUCAGAUCAUGUGGUUCUAUGGCAAGAAGCCUUUGAACGCAUCUGAGAAUGUGGUAAUUGAAAACACAGAAAGCUACACUCAUCUGGUGGUGAGGAAUGUCCAAAGGCAGACCAACGCUGGCCGCUACAAGGUGCAGCUGAGCAACACAUUUGGAACUGUCGACACUGUGUUGCGGGUUGAAAUCCAAGAUAAGCCAUGCAUCCCUGAGGGCCCUGUGGUUGUUGAUGCCCUGCUGAAGAGCUCAGUUGUCAUCAGCUGGAAGGCUCCCAAGGACGACGGCGGCUCCAUGGUCACCAACUACAUUGUGGAGAAACGUAUGGCCAAAGAGGGUGAGGUGUGGCACCUGGUGUCCUCCUCUGUCUCUGGAAACACCUGCCGCGUCCCCAACCUGAUCGAGAGCGCUGGCUACUACUUCAGAGUCUCUGCUCAGAACCAGUACGGAGUCAGUGAGCCUCUGGAGAUCCCCUCCGUGGUCAUCAUCAAGAGUCCAUUCGAAAAACCUGGCAUCCCACAGCAGCCCCUCAUUGCCAGCUCUACCAAAGACUCCUGCCUUGUCUGCUGGAAGCCUCCAAGCAAUGAUGGUGGAGCUAAAAUCACCAACUACUACUUGGAAAAACGUGAGAAGAAGCAGAACAAGUGGAUGUCAGUGACCUCUAAGAAGAUUGCGGAGACCAAAUACGAGGUCACAGGCUUGAUUGAGGGCUUCGAGUAUGAGUUCCGCGUCAAGUGUGAGAACAUGGGUGGUGAGAGCGACUGGAGUGAGAUCUCUGAGCCUAUCAUCCCUAAGUCCGACCAGUUGCCUCGUGCGCCUGUGUUCAGGGAGGAGAUCAGGGACAUGACUGUCAAAUACCAUGCUAAUGCCACCUUCGUCACUAAGGUGGUGGGAUAUCCCAGGCCUGUGGUGAAAUGGUACCGCAGUGGAAAGGAGAUCUUGGCAGAUGGAACCAAGAUCAAAGCCCAGGAGUUCAAGGGAGGCUACUACCAACUGAUCAUCACUGCUGCUGAUGAGAGCGAUGCCGCAGUCUACCAAUUCAGAGCGACCAACUCUGAAGGAUCUAUCUCCUCAACUGCCAACCUUGAAGUGGAAGUUCCUGCUAAGAUUCACUUGCCCAAGGAGCUCCAGGGAAUGGGAGCAGUCCACGCUGUCCGUGGUGAUCACGUCACCAUCAAGAUCCCCAUCACUGGCAAGCCUGAACCAACAGUCACCUGGCAGAAGGGUCAGGAGAUCCUCUCCAACUCUCCUCAUCACCAGGUCAUCACCACCCGGUCUUUCACCUCCUUGGUAUUCCAGAGGGGAGUGCAGAGUAAAGAUACUGGCUACUACAUUAUCACUGCCAAGAACAGGUUCGGAAUGGACAAACAAACCAUUGAGGUGGACGUGGCUGACAUUCCUGAAGCUCCAAAGGGACUCAAGGUCAGUGACAUUGCCCGAGACUCCAUCACUCUGACCUGGGAGCCCCCUGCCAACGAUGGUGGAAGCAACAUCAUUGGCUACAUUGUGGAGAAGUGUCCCACCAGUGCGGACAGGUGGAUCCGUGCUGGCCAGACAACUGACUGUAGCUUUACCAUCAUCAACGUAUAUGGAAAGACCAAGUACCAGUUCCGAGUCAUCGCUGAGAACCAGUUUGGCCUGAGCCCUCCUUCUGAGCCAACUGAGCCCAUCACCACAAAGGAGGAUAAGUCUGUGAUCAGAAACUAUGACGAAGAAGUGGAUGAAGCUAGAGUGAUCACCAAGGAGGAGGCUCUAUUCUACAAGGUUAAGGAACUGUCCUCCAAAUACACUAUCUCUGAGGAGCUUGCUCGGUGCCAGUUUGGAGUAGUCCACCGCUGUGUGGAGAUUGCCACCAAGAAGACCUUCAUGGCCAAAUUUAUCAAGGUCAAAGGAACUGACCGUGAGUUGGUUCUCAGGGAAAUUGAGGCUCUCAACGUAGCAAGGCACAAGAAUAUCAUCUACCUGCAUGAAUACUUUGAAAGUAUGGAGGAGAUUAUCCUGAUCUUUGAGUUCAUCUCUGGAGUAGACAUCUUUGAGCGCCUGGGCACUAGCAACUUUGAGCUCACAGAGCAGGAGAUUGUACGCUACCUAAGACAAGUGUGCUCUUCCCUCAAGUUCUUGCAUAGCCACAACUUUGGCCACUUUGAUAUCCGCCCUGACAACAUUGUCUACACCACACGGAGAAGCACCAUCAUAAAGAUUAUUGAGAUGGGCCAGGCCAGGCUGCUGGUGCCAGGAGAAAACAUCAGACUGAUGUUCUCAGCUCCGGAGUACUGUGCCCCUGAGAUUCACCGCCAUGACUUGGUCACAACAGCCACUGAUAUGUGGUCUGUUGGUGUGAUGGCCUAUGUCCUGCUCAGUGGCCUCAAUCCAUUUUCUGCAGAGUCCACUACAAAGAUGAUUGAGAACAUCUCCAACUGUGAGUACGUCUUUGACAGUGAAGCAUUUAAUGACAUAAGCCUGGAGGCUAUGGACUUUGUGGACAGACUUCUAAUCAAGGACAGGAGGCUCCGCAUGACAGCCCAUGAGGCUCUGGAACACCCAUGGCUCAAGAUGAAGAUGGAGCAUAUCAGCAACAAGAUCAUUAGGACACUGAGACACAGGAGAUACUACCAGACUCUGGUAAAGAGGACAGAAACUAUUGUAUCAGCGGCUCGUGUGGCCUAUGGCGGCGCCUUCAAGAACCACAGAGGAUUGGCCGUGGGUAAAGUGAAGAUUGGAACUGAGUACCAUGGCCUGCGUGCUGGUCCAGUCAUGCAUAGCUCAGGCGAGGAAGGUGGCCAUGUCAGAUUCACUUGUAGCAUCACCAACUAUGACAAGAGUACACAGGUGUCAUGGUACUUUGGUAACCGUCAGCUACACCCAAGCCCCAAGUAUGAGAUUACUUACAGCAAUGGUUUUGCCAGCAUCUAUGUGAAGGACAUUGAAGAUUGUGAUAAUGGUGUGUACAGAUGCAAGGUUGUGAGUGAUGAUGGAGAGGACAGUGCUUAUGGAGAGCUCUUUGUUGAGACUGUGAGGAGCAUCAGGGAGUACUACAUCAGCCGUUCCAUCAAGAAACUGAGGAGAAAGGUUGACAGGACUAAAAUCCUUCAGAGGCCACCAGAGUUCACUUUGCCGCUGUACAAUCGUGCUGCCUACAUUGGCGAAGAUGUGCGCUUCGGUGUCACUAUUACUGUACACCCUGAGCCUCAUGUAACAUGGCUGAAGAAUGGAGAGAGAAUCAAGCCAGGUGAUGAUGACAGCAAGUACACAUUCACCAGUGACAAGGGUCUGUACCAACUUAUGAUUCACAACUUAGACAUGAGUGAUGAUGCCGAAUACACCGUCAUGGCCCACAACAAGUUUGGAGAAGACAGCUGCAAGGCCCGUCUCACGGUGACACCUCAUCCUGUAAUGGAAGAAACUAUGAGGCCCAUGUUCAAACGUCUGCUGGCUAAUGUUGAGUGUGUUGAGGGACACAGCGUCCGCUUCGAGCUCAGAGUUUCAGGAAUCCCGACUCCUACUCUGAAAUGGGAGAAGGAUGGCCAUCCACUUCAGUUUGGUCCCAAGGUUGCAGUCAUAGAAGAGGACAUUGACUACCAUGUCCUGCACAUCAGAGAGACUCUGCUUGAGGACUCUGGUGUGUACAAAGUGACUGCAACCAACUCUGCUGGCUCUACAAGCUGCCAGGCUACACUGAAGGUGGGCCGCCUUACUUACACAAGGAGAGAGUACAAGAGUGAGGAGGAGAAAUACAGACACAUCCAGAAACAAAUUGAAAAGACUAACAAGAUGGCUCAGCAAAUUGUUGCCAGAGAGGAUGCCGUACCUCUCAACCCGACGGCCCAAGAGGCAUUGAAAUUCGCGGCAGAGAUGUACAAACCUGCUGUGAGCACCAAGAAUGUCGAGGGUGAGUUCGACAUCACAGUGGAGAAGUCUGAGACCAAGAAGCUGGAGGAAGAGAGAAGGAUCUUCAUGCCCUAUGAGAUCCCAGAGCCUGUGGUUCACGAUCCCAGAGAUCUGGAUGAGGACAAAGCUAUUAAACAGUUUGUGCCUCUCUCUGACAUGAAGUGGUACAGGAAGCUGAGAGACCAGUAUGAGAUUCCAGAGAGGAUGGAGAGGAUUGUGCAGAAGAGACAGAGACGCAUACGCCUGUCCAGGUGGGAGCAGUUCUACGUCAUGCCCCUCCCUAGAAUCACUGACCAGUACAGACCAAGAUGGCGUAUUCCAAAACUCACUCUGGAUGACCUGGAGACUGUCAGGCCCGCCCGCCGCUCACCUUCACCCGAAUCUGAGGUCUCCUUCAGAUCCAGGAGAAGAUCUCUGGGAGAUCUGAGUGAUGAAGAGCUGCUGAUGCCUGUGGAUGACCACCUUUCCAUGAGGAGAACAGAGGAAGAGAAAAUGAUGCUGGAGGAUGAACUGGAGCUUGGCUUUUCUGCCUCCCCUGCUGGCAGCCCCAUCCGCAUUGAACGGCGUGCCGCAGAACAUGAAGAGAGGAGGCACGAAGUCAGGCAUGAGGCUGUUGAGGUUACUGAGACAAAGAAGAAACGUACUAUUUCUCAGUUUAUGAGGAGGAGAAGGUCACUGUCUCCCACAUACAUCGAGCUGAUGCGUCCAGUGUCAGAGCUGAUCCGACCACCACGUGCCAGGCCUCCUGUGGAAGUAGAGGGCAUGAUUGUGGAGAGGAGGUCCCCCACCCCAGAGAGGACCCGCCCCCGCUCUCCCAGUCCCAUUAGGUCAGUUGAGAGGUCAUCCCGCUCCUCGUCCAGGUUUGAGCGAUCUGCCCGAUUUGACAUCAUGUCCCGUUACGAGGCCAGAAAGGCUGCUCUGAAGACUGAGAGGAAAUAUCAGGUGGUUAGUCAGACACCUUUCAGCCUGGAUCAUGCACCUCGUGUGACCGUCAGGAUGCACUCGCACCGCAUACCAAUUGGCCAAGACACCAAAUUUACCCUGAACAUCCAAGCCAAGCCAGAGGCUGAGGUGAGAUGGCUCCACAAUGGAAAUGCAAUCUCUGAAAGCAGUGAGAAAUAUGUCUUUACCAACAUGAGUGGUGUCCUGUCCAUCACUAUUCUGGAAUGCCAGGAAGAGGACAGUGGUACAUACCGCUGUGUAUGCUCCAACUCCAAGGGAGAGGCUUCUGACUAUGCUACCCUGGAGGUGUCAGGUGGUGGAUAUACUACCUUCUCCUCUCGCCGUAGGGAUGAGGACGCUCCCAAAGCAUAUGUCCCUGAAGUCACUCGCAUUGACCACUAUCACACUGCCCACUUCAAAGCUGGCUAUGCUUCCCAGACCCACUUUGAAGUAGAGGAGAGCAAGUCAAAGCUAACCGAGACACAUGAGGUUGUCACACGUGAAAGAUAUGCCGCCUCCUCAGAGAGGUACUCCUCCGCUGAGAGGUAUGAAUCAUCUGUCAAGUAUGCCUCAGCUGAAUACCUGUCAUCUGGUUCCUCCUACUCUUCCGACAAGUUUGCUCUGACUGGCAAGCACACCACAUCUGGAGCUAAACUGGCAUUGUCUUCUGCUGCUGUUACUGAGGAGGUUUCUGUCCACAAAGUGAAGCCUUCUCUUGCUGCCAGAAUCCUCACCAAACCCCAGUCUUUGACCGUUGCAGAGGGAGAGACAGCCAGAUUCUCCUGUGAUAUUGAUGGGGAGCCUGCGCCCACUGUAACAUGGAUGCACGAGAGCAGAACCAUUGUAACCUCUCACCGUAUCCAAGUCACAACCACUCAGUACAAGUCGAGCCUGGAGAUCUCUGUGACAGCCUCUGAUGAGGGCAAUUACAUGGUGGUGGUAGAGAACUCAUCAGGCAGACAGGAGGCCCACUUCACUUUGACCAUCCACAGACCAGCUCCCAAAGAGGAGGUCAAGGCCAUCACGUCCCCUGAGCCAUCUGUAAAAUCACCCACUCCCAGUGUAAAGUCACCAGAACCUUCAGUGACAUCACCGGCUCCCUCUGUGACCUCCCCAGUCCCCAGUGCAAAGUCACCAGAACCCAGCAUCAAGUCCCCUGAGCCUUCAAUUAAAUCACCAACUCCAAGUGUGAAGUCCCCUGAACCAAGUGUAACUUCUCCUGCUCCAAGUAUAAAGUCACCAACGCCGAGUGUGAAGUCACCCACACCAAGUGUGAAGUCACCCACACCAAGUGUGAAGUCUCCCACACCAGGUGUGAAGUCUCCUGAACCAGAGGGAAUCAAAUCCCCCAGGAGCGUCAAGUCUCCUGAGCCAUCUGCACCCUCUCCAGCACUGAGCAUAAAAUCACCAACUCCUAGAAUCAAAUCUCCUGAACCUGAGGGAGUCAAGUCACCCAGGGGUAUAAAAUCCCCUGAACCCAGACUCAAGUCACCACCACCAAUCAAGUCCCCAGAGAGGGUGAGAUCACCUGAACCUGAGGGAGUAAAAUCACCGCGGGGUGUCAAAUCUCCAGAACCUGCAGGAAUCAAAACACCAAGAGGUUUGAAGUCCCCAGAACCUGCUGGUAUCAAAACACCAAAAGGCAUCAAGUCUCCAGAACCAUCUGGCAUCAAGUCACCAAGGGGUUUGAAAUCCCCUGAGCCUGAGGGAAUCAAAUCACCUCCUAGGAUGAAGUCCCCUCCUCCCAUCAUGUCCCCCAAGAGGGUUGUGUCUCCACCCACUGUCAAAUCCCCAAUCCCAAAACCUCCCAAGAUUCUGAGUCAGCUAACAGCUGAAGCUUACGAAGGCUCGGUGAGGAUGUCCUGUAUCUGUGAGAGCAGUGUCAAGGAGGUGGUGUGGUAUGUCAAUGGGAGGAGGCUUUCACAGAGCAGCCGCUUUGAGAUGCAUUACUCUGAGGGCUCCUGCAGCCUCGUAAUCCAUGACCUGACAGACAGUGACCAGGGAGAGUAUACCUGUGAGAUGACAUCAGAGGGAGGAGUCUCAAAAUCCUCCUUCUCAUUCACUGGACAAGUGUUCCAGUCCAUACGCAUGAAGAUCACCGCCUACCGUGAGCAGCAACUGGCGCUUAAAGCCUCAACAGGAUCGAUGAUGAUGAGUCACAAGGAGUCGUCAUCAUCCAUGAGCUCAUCCAUGAUGAUGAAGAAAGAAAUGCACACGAUGGAAGAAUCGUCCUCCUUCUCCUCCGCCUCCGCCCAUCAGGCAAUGAUGUCAUCCAUGAUGGAGUCCAGCUCCUUCAGCAGCAUGGCAGCUGAGAUGAAGUGUGAGACCAUGUCCAUGUCCAGCAUGUCGUCCAUGGCUUCUGAGUCGUAUGCUAUGAGCUCCAGCAGCCUCACGGAGAUGGCUUCCCACAUGGAAGGAUCCUCCUUCAGAGCGAUUGGUUCUGCUCCCAGGAUUGAGGCCUUGCCGGAGGACAUCAGCAUCGAGCCAGGCAAAGUCCUGACAGUGGCCUGUGCCUUCUCUGGCGACGCCAAACACAUUGAGUGGUCCCGCGGCGGCAAAACCAUCGAGGUGACUGCUGGCGGCCGCUUCCACAUUGAGACCACAGAGGACCUAACCACCCUCAUCAUCACCGGGGUGAAGGUGGAAGAUGCUGGAACCUACACUCUCAAACUGUCCAACGAGCUUGGAUCCGACACAGCAACUGUUCACAUUAGCAUUCGAUCAGUGUAAAAACAAAAAUCUUAUCUUCCAAUCUUCCCCUUUUCCCUACUUCCAUGCCUUUUCAUUUAUUAAUUGAGCAAAAUAAUCUACUUGAUAAAGAUCUGGAUUUCUGUUCUUGUAAAUAUGAACUAUUUUUGUACCAAUCUUGACAUUAAUUUAUGCCAAACUAGACUAAAGUCUAAAGUUGUUAUAAAAUGUGCCAUAUUGGAUAACUAUGACUUAGGAUUUUUGAUCCAUUUUUCUGUGACAUGUACAUAAUGUAUAUAGCCGAAUUUAACGGUUAUGGGAAAUGUAUGCAUUGUUAUUUAUGACAAUAUUAACUGAAACAAAAUGAAACUAAAUGUGGUUUAACAGGAGAAAGUUUCGCUUGGAACGAAUACCCUGUCAAACCGAGAAACUAAACUCUGUGCCUCAACAAUAAGUUGAAGUCUUAAGAUUGCCUCAACAGGUAGAGAGGCUCCCUGUUGACGUUAAGUCAAUCAGACAAAACUAUGAAUGCACUGCUGGAGAGAGAGAGUGGUGCUGUUGCAUUGUAAUAAGAGCGUGAGAUCCUGAGUGCUGUUUGCAUUUACCCUCAUGUAAGCAGGACGACUGGACCUCGCUCUCUGACUGAUUAUGUCAUACCGCCAUUUCAAUGACAUGCUCACAGUGCGAGCGGCCUGCACUUCCUGAGCACAAGUGUUUCUUUUUUGUUUUGUGCUCUGCUUCUGGCAAACGACCACUUGCUCGGGCUCUUUUCAAUAGUACCAUCAACCUGGCCAAUCACGAGUCCUUCCUGUGCUUGUUUGCAGAGGCAGAGCUGUCUCUUGGAGGUCUGCAGUGUGUUUGUGUGUUAGUUUUUAGAAGUACACCUGUCAGUCAAGCUGGGCACCGCCAAGCAGAUGUACCGCAGCCGGAAAGACAACCACCGCUGCAUUUGACAAGGAUGGAACGAGGCGUGGUCUCGCGUGUCGCCCCGCACUUUGAUUUGAUUGAAGUUAGAGUUGUAGCGUUGAUUAUUUUUGCAGCCUCCUUGAGUUUUUCUCCAUUAUUGAUUUAAUAAAGCAUGAUUAUCAGCACUA